AUGGACCACCACGUGAACGGCACCCUAGCCGAGAAGCCGGGCCCCAUGGACUACGGGGUCCAGAUCCGCUUCAUCAACGACUUGAAGGAGCCCAGCAAGUCGCAGAAGAUCCGCCCCAAGCCCUCCAAGCCGGGCUCCUACGGGGUGGCGGUGCGGGUGCAGGGCAUCGACGGGCAGCCCUUUGUGGUCCUCAACAGCGGCGAGAAAGGGGGAGACUCCUUCGGGGUGCAGAUCAAAGGCGAGAGCAAGUACGGGCCCCCCGCCCGCAGCCCCCAGCGGGAGGACUCCUUCCCCGCUUCCCCCGGGGCUGCUUCGUCCUCCAAAGACGCCUCGGGGUCCUUCAGCUCCGAUUCCGACCUGCCGGAGAACCCGUACGGGGUCAGGCAGUCCCGGCACGGCUCCCGCUACAGCACCUCGGACGAGGAGCCCAGCCCGUGGCGGACCCCGAAAGCCGGCAGCUUGGAGGGGCGGCCCGUGCCGCAGAACCGCGCCGGCGGCUACCGGACACUGCCGCACAAAAAAUCGUUCGGGGAGCAGCUGCGGCGGACUCAGUCGCACGGCUCCUUGCUCAACCCCGAGCUGGACGAGCCUCCCCAGCCCAGCGCCCCUGGGGCCGGCCCCCCGGACACCCCCCGGCCCCUGCCUCCGGGGGGUGCUGUGAGGAGCGCUAGCAUGAUGAACCUGCCUGGUCGCCGGCAGCCCAGCCCCAGUGAGGACUCUGCAGGCAGCCUGUCCGGCUUGAGACCCGUCCGCAAGCCGGCGGUGGCGAACUCCCCUGAGCCCGCCGCUCCGGCCGGCGACAUCGACACCAAGCCCCUGUCCUCGGUGGACUCUCUGAUCCACAAGUUUGACGCGAAGGCGCAGCAGCGGGGGCGGCCGUCACGGAGGAACCGGCUCUCUCUGGACGAGCGGAAGCGGUCGAAGAGCCUCGACGGAAGGGUGCCUUACCAUGACACGGCCGACGGCCGGGAGCUGGGAGCUGGGGAGCCCCAGGCGGGCUCUGGAGGAGGGGCAGGGGGCUCUGUGGCCGACCCCGGGCCCCCGGGAAGCAGGAGCCUCGGCAGGGCCUCUGGGCGGCCGGUCAAGGAGAACGGGCUGGACAAAUCGAAGCUGACCCGGGAAUGGGUCAACAAGAGCCUGGAGGCACCAGCCUUGGAGAAGCAAGCGAGGAAAUCACAGCCAGACCUGCAGGUGAUACAUUUUUCUUCUGUUUUUGGGGGGCUGUCUGUUCCAAUUUCUCCUGAUGGCAGCCUGCAGGGCCCAGUGUCUUUAGAAACAGAGACCAGGGGGCCCGGUGUGUUGCGUUCUCAGGCCAAAGGAAAGGACCGGACCCUGAUUAAAACAAGACACGAGGCCUUGACCAGCAAGGCUCUCGGAGACAGUGCGUCCCCCACACCCCUCACCAGGCCAUUUUAUUAGCAAAAGAAUCCUUUACACAGUGCUCGUAAGAACCAAUCAGAUUUCCUCUGAGCAUUUAAACAAACCCCAAGUGGGGACAAAGUUAAACUAUAAACGCUAGUUAGGCAUGCAUACUUUGGAGUAAAUGAAUGAAAACAACAAAGGAGCGAAUAUAGCAACCCUGGAGGUCAUAAACAAUUAGUACACAUGAUAAGAAGGAUGGCCAGGAGGACAGUGACCAUUAUCACCUUAAUGUGAAACCUGUUUCCUGGCCCUAAUAUUAACAUCCUAAGAUUAAUACAUAAGAAAGCUACAUCAACGAAACUGCCCAUUAUCUUUGAGGACCCAGGACACCUGCCUGUCUAAGUGUGUACGUGACUUGUGAAGAGAGAGAAAUGGAACAGGGAUGCAGAGGUGUAGAUUGAUGAAGAAUCAUAUCAAAAUAGUUUAAACCCAGUCAACGCAAUGCUUUCAUUGCUGACACAGAUGGCUUACUCUAUAUUUGUUAUAAUUCCUCAUAGCAAUCCCACUUGAUCACUACACCGGUGGGAAGGUAGUCGGUUCAGCACACUUGUCUUGAGAAGGUUGCCGUGCCGUUACCAGUUUGAUGCACCUCCGUGGCAGAACAACUGCCGUGCGUGCAGAAGGUUCAGUCCCUAGUGGCAUCUCUGGGUAGCGCUGCGAGGGUUCCUGCCAGAGACCCCAAAAAGCACCUGCCCAUCAGCAUAGACCUGUAACAAAGGAAAUCCCCUGUGUUGCAGAAACAGACAAACUUUAAGCAAUAGCGGGCAAAACGUGGCUAAUAAUGUUGUAACAAAAUAUAUGUAAUAUAAUAAUAAUUUAUUAUUUAUACCCCGCCACUCUGGGCGGCUUCCAACCGAAUAUUAAAAACAAUACAGCAUCAGACAUUAAAAACCUCCCUUAACAGGGCUGCCUUCAGUUGUCUUUUAAAAGUAAAAUAGUUGUUUAUUGCCUUGACAUCUGCUGGGAGGGCGUUCCACAGGGCGGGUGCCACUACCGAGAAGGCCCUCUGCCUGGUUCCCUGUAACCUCCCUUCUUGCAGGGAGGGAACCACCAGAAGGUCCUCAGAGCUGGACCUCAGGGUCCGGGCUGAACGAUGGGGGUGGAGAUGCUCCUUCAGGUAUACUGGGCCGAGGCUGUAUUAUUUCGCAGUUCUUAAACAGAGAACACUGAGGUCCAGCACCGGCCCUGUGGAACACCCUCCCACCAGAUGUCAAAGAGAAAAAUAACUACCAGACUUUUAGAAGACAUCUGAAGGCAGCCCUGUUUAGGGAAGCUUUUAAUAUUUAAUAGGUUAUUGUAUUUUAGUGUUUUGGGAAACUUAGCCAGAUGGGCAGUGUAUAAAUAAUAACAAAUUAUUAUUAUUAUUAUUAUUAUUAUUAUUAUUAUUAUUAUUAUUAUAUUGUGGAGCUGCAAAUAAUAAAAUAAAUCAAUAUUGCAGGAACAAAAUUAGAGAAGGUGGUCAAUCAAUAUCACUGAGGCAAACAAGCCUCAGUCCCAAUCCUGCGAUAAUAGAAGCUCCGAGCGUAGCAAUUCUUCAACAGAGAAUAUGUAAUAGAAUCACAGAAAAUAAAAGUCUAUCACUGGUGCACAAACAAAAUUAGACAAUAUAGUCCAUCGGAAUUGAAGGAGGCAAAGAAGCCUUUCAACAGUCACAAUCCUGUCCCCGUGUGGUCAUGAAUGAUCCAAAAACACAGUACAGUUUUUUUGGAUGACAAACUGUUUCAAUUGUAAUUAUUCAUCAGCUAGCAAUGAUGUAAAAUAAAAUCCAUUAUAUUCGCAUACAAUAUAAAUAUAAGAACGACAAUCCUGUAAACGUAACCAAUCAUAAAUAAUGAAUACAUGCCAUAUGAAUGGUCCUAACAGGUACCUCAAGUAGCAUAAGAUCAGCAAUCGCUAAGAAAUGUUAAUUGGACUACAAGACCCAUCAUCCCUGGCCACUGGUCCUGCUAGCUAAGGAUAAUGGGAGUUUGCUUCCAGCAAAUGGAGACCUCAAACCGAGGCUGGAUGCCCAUCUGUAAUGGGUGCUUUCGUUGAGAAUCCUGCAUUUCAGGGGGUUGGACUGGACAUCAAACCUCAAAACAUUAAAAACUUCCAUAUACAGCACUGCCUUCAGAUGUCUUCUGAAAAUAGUAUAUCCUUGACAUCUGGUGGGAGGGCGUUCCACACGGCGGGUGCCACCACUGAGAAGGCCCUCUGCCUGGUUCCCUGUAACUUGGCUUCUCGCAGGGAGGGAACCACCAGAAGGCCCUCGGAGCAGGACCUUCAGUUACAGGGCCGAGGCCGCUUAGGGCUUUAUAUUAUUAUUAUUAUUAUUAUUAUUAUUAUUUAUUUGCUUAUUACUUAUUUAAAGGUUUGCACCAACACUUCAAAUUGUGCUCGGAAGUGUACCGGGAGCCAAUGAAGGUCUUUCAAGACCGGUGUUAUGUGGUCUCGGCGGCCGCUCCCAGGCACCAGUCUAGCUGCCACAUUCUGGAUUAGUUGUAGUUUCCGGGUCACCUUCAAAGGUAGCCCCACGUAGAGCGCAUUGCAGUAGUCCAAGCGAAAGAUAACCAGAGCAUGCACCACUCUGGCAAGACAGUCUUCAGACAGGUAGGGUCUCAUCCUGCGUACCUGAUGGAGCUGGUAGACAGCCGCCCUGGACACAGAAUUGACCUGUGCCUCCAUGGACAGCUGCGAGUCCAAAAUGACUCCCAGGCUGCGCACCUGGUCCUUUGGGGGCACAGUUACCCCAUUCAGGAUCAGGGAGUCCUCCACACCCGCCCGCCUCCUGUCCCCCAAGAACAGUACUUCUGUCUUGUCAAGAGUCAACCUCAAUCCGUUAAUUGCCGUCCACCACCCCCCAAUCACCUCCAGACACUCACACAGGACAUUCACCGCCUUCCCUGCUUCCAAUUUAAACGAGAGAUAUCAUCUGCAUAUUGGUGAACACCUGUUAUAAGGUCCUGGGUUCAAUCUUUGACGUCUCUUGGCAGCAUGAACAUGUCCACUGCCUGAAACCCUUGGGAGCCGCUGCCCAUCAGAGUGGUCAGCGCUCAUCCAGAUGGACCAAGGCUGUUUCCUGUGCCCUAGUCUAGCCCUGUGUUGUCUGACUGGCAGCAGCCUUUUGAAAACACUGCUUCCCUCCCUCUCAAAAACGCUGGGGUUUAAUCUUUGGGGUUUCCCUUCCAGCUGAAGUCCACCCCAGACCUCCUGAAGGACCAGCAAGAGGUAUCUCAGCCCGGAAGCAGCAACCACACUAAGGAGCUCAUCUACAGUAUUCUGAAGGAUGGGUAAGCGUUGGGGCGGGAGCAGAGGAGGGGCUGUGACCAAUCGGAUGUAUGGGGAGGGGCAUGGAGGCAACUGCGCCUGGUAGAUUGCUCCUGAAUCUGGAAGCUCCAUUUAGUCAUCAUACCCAUUCAUCGGUCCGUUCUUCACAAAUGGGGGUUUAAUCCCUUAAAAAAAUUAAAAGAACUACUAUUAUUGCUAUUUUAUUUUAAAAGACAUUUCACAGGAGCAAAUUAAAAUAUAAUACGAUGCACAGAUGACUUAUUUAUUUGCGUCUUGCCAGUGUGUGCCAUAUUUUAACCCUAUCUGGUAAAAGGUAAAGGUAAAGGGACCCCUGACCAUUAGGUCCAGUCGUGGCCGACUCUGGGGUUGCGGCGCUCAUCUCGCUUUACUGGCCGAGGGAGCCGGCGUACAGCUUCCGGGUCAUGUGGCUAGCAGGACUAAACUGCUUCUGGCGAACCAGAGCAGCGCACGGAAACGUCGUUUACCUUCCCGCCGGAGUGGUACCUAUUUAUCUACUUGCGCUUUGACGUGCUUUCGAACUGCUAGGUUGGCAGGAGCAGGGACCGAGCAACAGGAGCUCACCCUGUCGCGGGGAUUCGAACUGCUGACCUUCUAGUCGGCAAGCCCAAGAGGCUCAGUGGUUUAGACCACAGCGCCACCCGCGUCCCUAACCCUAUCUGGGUCUGCUGUAAAAUUUUUUGUAAAUGUUUGGAUUACAGUUUAGGAGCACACAAACACACACGGGGCUCUGCUGGAUCCUAUUUAGAAUAACAAGAUUUGACAUGCUGGUGAUUUUCAUUCUAAGCUGAGCUAGUUGGUUUUAUUUGUUUUUUUUAACGUUUUUGUCACUUUCAGAAACACGGAAAGCGAUGCCGCGGUGAAGAGAAAGACCAACCUUGUCUUCGAGAAGGUCCAAGCGCUAUCCGUAAGUACCUGGCGGAAAACACCAGGUCACAGCUGUGAGACAAAAUCAUUUCCUCCUUGGCGUGAUUCCUGCCCUCUCUCUGGUCGAUGCGUCCCAGUUCUUGGGUUGGGGGCGAGGUGGACACAAGGACAGACUACUGAACCCACAUCCGUUCCGCCGGGAUGCCAAUAUUCCCGGGCUUCUCCCCAGAACAAUGAGGACUAGGAACUUGCCCUCGGGUUCUCCUGAGCCUGGGAUGGUUACAGUUUGAUUGUGGAGAUUUAUUUACUGUGUUCUUGGGAGACCAUGCCAAGGAGGUCUCGAAGGGAUUAAGGGAAAGGAUAGGCCUUAAAAGCCUGCCUUUUAAGAAAGGAAUAGCUAAGCUCUGCGUUAAUCCCAGUGCACACUAUACAAAGAACUUAAGGAGAGCCCAGCUUGCCAAUGGCCCAUCUAGCUAGCAUCCUGUUCUCACAGUGGCCAGCCACUGUGGGAAACCCAAAAACCGGAUUUUCCCAGAGUUUCCAUUUGUAACUUCCUUCCACCAAGCAAGAAACAUCGUUCCUUGAGACUAAUAUUGUCUGCUAAGCUCUGAUGGACAGGGUCUCUGGCUGAGAAAGCCUUUCUCUACUAUCGGCUACUAACUGGAGACGCCAGGAAUCUAACCUGGAGCCUGUGUGCAAUAAUAAUAAUAUAAUAAUAAUUUAUUAUUUAUACCCCGCCCAUCUGGCUGGGUUUCCCCAGCCACGCUGGGCGGCUUCCAACAAAACACUAAAAUACAAGAACCUAUUGAACGUUAAAAGCUUCCCUAAACAGGGCUGCCUUCAGACGUCUUCUAAAAGUUUGGUAGUUAUUUUUCUUUUUGACAUCUGGUGGGAGGGUGUUCCACAGGGCGGGCGCCACCACCGAGAAGGCCCUCUGCCUGGUUCCCUGUAGGUUUGCUUCUCGCGGGGAGGGAACCGCCAGAAGGCCCUCGGUGCUGGACCUCAGUGUCCGGGGAGAACGAUGGGGGUGGAGACGCUCCUUCAGGUAUACUGGACCGAGGCCGUUUAGGGCUUUAAAGGUCAGCACCAACACUUUGAAUUGUACUCAGAAACGUACUGGGGGCCAGUGUAGGUCUUUCAAGUCUGGUGUUAUAUGGUCUUGGUGCCCACUCCCAGUCCCCAGUCUAGCUGCCGCAUUCUGGAUUGGUUGCAGUUUCCGGGUCACCUUCAAAGGUAGCCCCACACAGAGCGCAUUGCAGUAGUCCAAACGGGAGAUAACUAGAGUAUGCGCCACUCUGGGCAGACAGUCUGUGGGCAGGGAGGGUCUCAUGGUGCAAACCACGAGCUCAGUGCAAGAGUCCCCACUCUAUUAUACAAAACCUCUCAGAUCCGAUCCCUGGUAUCCCCAGCUAGACUGGAAAUCUCCCCGCUGCCUGAAACCCUGCUGCCAGCCAGUGUUGGCAAUGCUGAGCUAGACAGGCCCAGUGGCUUGUAUUAAGUUAGCUUCCUCCCCUCUUUAAACCAGCCUUUUCUUUGGAAUUAUGAGGGCUGGAGCCCUACUUUCUUUUGAGAGGCAGGACCCAAACUCAGGACCCCAGUCCCCUCAGCCUCAAUAAGACUUCAUCUUGUGGGUUGUCUAGAGUUGUCCCCUGUGGGGACCCAGGGGUACACAUACCCCUAAACAAAUCUAAGUUUGGCCUCAUUGAGGGGCAGUAUUUUAAUAUGAGUAGGAAAAUGAGAGGACCCCUAAACAUUUCUUCUAGGGGAAAAAAAGCACUGGUUGUACCAGGCCUGGAACGACAAUUGCUCUCUUUACUGGGAAGGUGAUUAUUAUUAUUUUUGAAUGUAUUUUCUCCACAAAGAAAGAGGAUUUUCCUGCUGAUAUGGGGGGCAGCUUUUUCCCAUUGCCCUAUCCAACCAAAACUAGUCUCUCUUCUCCCCACUUUCCACAUGAGACCCCCGAAACGUGGAAAAGGGACGGAUUAACUCCCGCCUGCCAGUCCUCUACUCUGUGGGGUAAAGUAGAAUUUCUUUUUACAGCGAAUAUUUUGCAGAGGAAAAACAAUCCUUGUGUCAGCAAGAGUUUGGAUGAAACCAUUUCAAAGCCCAGAAGCUUUGAUCUCUGCUUAGCUUCAGAUAGUGAUGAAUUCCUGCUGUGCAUCUUCCGGGCUGUUAGCACUUUUUCAAACAUGAACCCAAACAUCUUUCUUUUUGCAAACUUCAGUUCUUUUUUUAAAGAGUUCUCCCGGCAAAUCUUGCUCUCUCUCCUGCCCUCCCUCCAGCCCUCGUUUCUUGACAGGGAUCUCUUUCUCUCUCUAUUGAAACUGACACCUCAUGAGGACCGGCUGCUUGAGGGCAGAGGGAGGCCGCAAACAGAUGACUCUCCGGUUGAAGGGAUGUGGAAAGGGCCUCGGGUGCAAGAAGGCUGCUUGCCCAAGCUUUACAUUUCAAAGUGGAGAGCUUCGCGGGGUGGGGGUCAUGCGGCUGCCUCGUUCUCAGUCCCAGGGGGGCUGGGGCAGACGAUACGAUACGAUAUCUUUAUUGUCAUUGUCCCAUACAGAACAGCGAAAUUGAAAAAUCUACGUAAGACAUUCUAAAACCCCUAAAAACUCUGAAACCCCAUCUUAAAAUACAAUAUACUAUAGAGACUCCUUAUUUUGUUGUUUAGUCGUUUAGUCGUGUCCGACUCUUCGUGACCCCAUGGACCAGAGCACGCCAGGCCCUCCUGUCUUCCACUGCCUCCCGCAGUUUGGUCAAACUCAUGCUGGUAGCUUCGAGAACACUGUCCCACCAUCUCGUCCUCUGUCAUCCCCUUCUCCUUGUGCCCUCCAUCUUUCCCAACAUCAGGGUCUUUUCCAGGGAGUCUUCUCUUCUCAUGAGGUGGCCAAAGUCUUGGAGCCUCAGCUUCAGGAUCUGUCCUUCCAGUGAGCACUCAGGGUUGAUUUCCUUAAGGAUGGAUGGGUUUGAUCUUCUUGCAGUCCUUAUACCGCGUUUAAAACCAGAAUUGCAUCUGAGUAGAAACUGUUUCUCAGGUGGCUAGUCCUGGUCUUUAUAACCCUGUACCUUCUUCCAGAAGGCAGAAGCUGAAAGAGAUCAUUUCCGGGGUGCGCACUAUCCUGCACUAUCUUUGCAGCUUUCUUAUGGCACCUGAUAGCAUAGAUUUGAUCUAAGGUGGGAAGAAGGCACCCAAUUAUUCUCUCCGCAGUCUUUACAACCCUGGACAGCACUGUUUCCCCCUGGCCGUGCAGCUCCCAAACCACACACACAGACCAUAAGUUAAUACACUCUUAACAGCACAAUGGUAAAAUGCCAUCAACAGGUCCUUUGAGAGAUUGUUUUUCCGGAGGAUUCUCAGAAAAUAUAACCUCUGCUGUGCUCUCUUCUUCAGGUCUUUGCUGUUUUCUCCCCAGGUUAGGUCAUCUCUCAACUCCAUUCCCAGAAAUCGAAACACCGAGACCUGUUCCACGCACUUCCCCUCAAUAAUAAGUGGCUGAAUGUUCAAUUUACAUUUCCUAAAGUCCACAAUAAUCUCUUUUGUUUUCUUUAAGUUAAGGAGUAAGUUGUUUUUCCUGCACCACUCCCCCAACUGCUCAACUUCCUUCCUAAAGGCCGCCUCCCCCUCUCCAGCCGUGAUUAAACCAACCACCGUUGUAUCAUCUGCAAACUUAAUGAUCUUAUUACUGGGGUAUUUGGGGGCACAGUCAGCUGUAUAGAGCGUAGAUAAAAGUGGGCUCAACACGCACGUCCAGGUUAUGGUUUUCUUGCGAUGGUGGUGGUCUCCAGCGUCUCCCCAUCUGAUGCCCUUUGCUUCUCUCCCCCCUUCUUUUCUGGGAAGGCUGCCCCCACGGCACAGUCGACGGCCUCUCUCCCCCCGGCGGGCGAACUGACGCAGAAGGUGGAGGAGCUGCAGCGGAAGUUGGACGAGGAAACCAAGGUGUGUUGGCAUUGUUAACGGAGAAAUCUGAGGGCUCUCUUGGGCAAAAAACAAGGACACCAGCCAGGAAUACCAGAGCAAAACAGCAGCCAGUCGGCUUGGUCUUUAUUGAAGACUGUUGCGACAGGACUCCCACCUGCCACCAGGUGGAACAAGAUGGAAGCCCCAAACAAAAGAGCCCCCAAACUUUUAUUAGCUGCUAAUCCCCAUGUUACACCCCCCCAAACUACAUCACUCAUACAUCACGGUUACAUCAUGAAAGGGGAGGUCUGGUGGCAGGAAUCUGAGCAUCCUGGACCCUGUCCCAUGGUUCCCCUUGCCCUCCACCAAACACCCAUCAAGUGUAACAAAAGAGAUAUUUACAUUUCCCUGUUUCCCAGCCAAGUUAAUCACACCCUUUUGUCUUCAUCUGGGUUUGUUGUUUCUGGAAUGGCUACCUGUCUGGCCCUCAGGUAUCAGGAGGCCAGGGAUUAUCACUCAGGCAGAGGGGCUGCUGAGUAGCUGAGCUCAUGUGUCUAUAUGAAUUUCUGAAGUUUUCCCAGUGAGCCAGUACAGAGAGACAUUUAUCAGUGAAUUCUUACAUUUGGCAUCGUGCAGCAAAGGCCCUUUGAAUAGAUAGGAAGAAACUGCGAUGAAGUGUUUUGUGGGGACAAGUCACAAAAGUCACAAAAGCGAUUGUGCUGGUUUUGGUAGUGGGCUGCGUGUGCCUGAUAUCUGCUGGAGGGGCAACCCCCCCCCCCAACCUAUACAUAAAUUCCUGCAACAGCACCUCUUCCCCUUUUGUUGGAACAAGAGUCUCACCUGUACUGUCUUUUCCCUGAGGACAUGGUCCUACUCAAAACAAACAAGAAACAGAACACAUGGGGCCAUUGUUCUCCUUCCUGACUUGCAGGCAGGAGGUCCCAGAUUCAGUCUCCCGGAAAAAAGGAGUGUUUCCUGUUCCCUGUUUAGAAUCAGCCCUCAAUUCAGAAACAUGAGGACCGGAGUCUUGCCCUUAUCUUUAGGUAGAGAGGUGCUGUGUCUCCAGGGGCAGCGCACCUGCUUUGCAUGUAGAAGGCCCCAGGUGUCGUCAGGUAGCCCUAGGAAUGUCCCCUGCUUCUGCCAGCCAGUGUCGGGCAGCCCUGAGCUGCAUGGGCUAAGGGGCUGGCCCAGUACAAGGCAGCCUCCUCUGUUCUCAUUUAGUACAGCCAUCUCCUUAAAACCACAAGGACUAGAAACUUAACACAUAUCCGUAUUUUUCGCUCCAUAAGGCGCACCGGACCAUAAGGCGCACCUAGUUUUUAGAGGGGAAAAUCAAGAGAAAAAAAAUUAUCCUCCCCGCCCCAAAGAGCAAAGAAGCCAAGACAGCUUCUGUCUUGGCUUCUGCCAUAGCCGCAUGCAGCCUCUCCCGGCUGGAGGGGCUGUGUGCGGCUGUGGCAAUACCCCCACCUCCCGCAAAAGCCCACAGGAGCCACGCAGCCUUUAAGGAGUGUGCGGCUCCUGCGGGCUUUUCUACGAGGAGGGAGAAGGGACUGACUGGCCGCAUCAGUCCCUUCUCCCUCCUGGGGAAAAGCCCGCAAGAGCCGUGCGGAGCUUGUGCGCGGCUCCUGGGGGCUUUUCCUGCCUGCCUCCCCCCCUGCAUUCGCUCCAUAAGACGCACACACAUUUCCCCUUACUUUUUAGGAGGGGAAAAGUGCGUCUUAUGGAGCAAAAAAUAUGGUAUAUCUAAAAUGCGGCAUGUAGGUCGGUGGUAGAGCAAAUGCUUGGCAUGCAGAAGAUCCCAAGUUCAAUCCUCAGUAUCCCCAGGUAGGCCUGGGAACGUUCCCUGCCUGAAACCCUGGAGAGCCUCUGCCAGUCAGUGUAGACAAUACUGGGGUUAGGUGCCUGGGGUCUCUGCUCCUUCCUCCCCUCCCCACUGCUCCCCAGUCGGUGGGUUUGUGGCCACCAUAUUUGUCACGCCUUCCCAUCCAAGCUGUGGAAGCAGAGGCUUCUGGGUAUUGCCGGAACAUCUGGAAAAAAAACCUGUAGAUGGUUGCAUUCUGGGCCUAUUUAUUUUCUUUCUUUCAUCGCCCCCCCCCAUUGCAGCUCCGUCAGAGGUUGGAGCUGUUGCAAAACGGCCACAGGAGCGGCGCCCCCCACGACCUGGAGGUCCGGCUGGAGGAGUCGGAAGAGGAGUGCCACCGGCUGCGGGUGGCCUUUGAGAAGAAAAGCCAGGAGCUCCAGGGCAGCGUACAAGAGUAAGUGCAAAUCUGUGGGGGGCUUUUGGAGGGAACCCUCCCCCCGAGUUAAGUGCAAGCCCACCCUUCCCUCCAGAUCUCAAGACCCCCAGGUUGCACCUGAAUCCUGCCCUCCUUCAGGUGGGGGCUCUUGUCACCUGAAGGUCUCCACGCAAAAAAGGAUAUACCAUACCUUUGGGGGGAAAGAGGGAAGCAGGGCUGCUAUACAGAGGCAGAAAUUUGCAUGUGUUGCCCCUCCCACUUUUGCCUCUGGCCCCGCCCACCACCACCAGGUGGCGCCCAGGAGGAAAGGGUAGAAAAUACAUCACAUAGCACCUGGGUGGAAGAGGGAUGGAUCUGAGCUCCAGCCGCAGCGUCCAGAUCUGCCGUUUCUGGAUCCAGAGGGCUGGGGGAGGGGGAGCAGAGUUGGCUGCGGCCGAAUCGCAGCUCUUGCCACUGUCGCCGCCAUGCAGCCUCGCUGUUCUGGGCCCAGGGGUAACCCGAGCAACGCGGUCCAGGUCCCGUCCCGAAUCCAAGGAGUCAGUCCGGCAGGGCCAAGGCAGGACACAAGGCAAGGUCAGGUACAGGAUCACAGACAGGUACUGGCAAACAGCAACGUUGCUCCCGCAACCUGGGGCGGGGUCCGACAGCUUUUUAUCUCUGUCGGGGUAGCGGCCGGUCCUGAUCCCUCGGUGAGUCACCUCCCUGUCUCGCCUGAAGGCGAGCACUCCUCCUGCGAGUACUCAGGUCUCUCCUUCUCUCAGACCUCAGUCUCUACAGCUUGGGAGACGUUGGUGGGUUACUAGACCCAGAGGCUGCCUCAGCCUCUCCUGACCCAACCAGUAGUGGAGCAGCUGUAAGGGAUGGCCCAGCUGAAGGCAACGAGGUCAUCCCCGCAUCUGGAGCCAGGGCAGGCUCAGGCCCCUGACUCAGCCCAGCUGGUGCUUAUUGCAGGGGAACCUGUGCAGACUGGGGCUCUUCAGGAUCAGGCCCCAGACUUGGUUCAGACGCCGCGUGAGGCAAAGGAUCCGGUGCAGACUGAGACUCCUCUGGCUCCGAGCCCGAGUCCCAGGCCAUCACACUCGCCUGUGUCACUUGCGGUCUCGGUCACACUUGUAUUGCAGGCUCACGGGGUGAAUAAACUUUGUAGGCAAGGACACAGCAGAAGGGCUUUGAUUUAAUCCUCUACUCCAGUAGUCCCCAACCCUACAAAAAGCAUUAUUCAGACUAGCGGCUUGCACAUCCCACUAAGGAAGAUGAACAAUAACAACAACAACACAAUCAAGUUCAAAAAUAGGAAUGAGUUGCAAUCCGAUGAAAACUGUUUGGCGUAAUUGAUUUGACAAAAUUGAACUUGAUCAAGUCAUGCCGGCUUUUCAAAGUCUGAUAGUUACCCACGUACCUAUGGGACUGCGUCUCCUGGUGUGUCCCACGGAGGACCUUACGGUCUUCAAACAAAAACAUCUGGGAGGUCCCGGGCCACAGGGAGGUUAGGCUGGCCUCAACCAGGGCUUUUUUGGUUGUGGCCCCGAUCUGGUGGAACACUCUGUCCCAAAAGACCAGAGCCCUGCUGGACUUGACAUCUUUCCGCAGGGCCUGCAAGACAGAGCUGUUCCACCAGGCCUUUGGCCAAGGCACAGUCUGACUCCCUCCUUCUGUAAUCCUCAUAGCACUCUAGCCCAAUGGUUGCCAUCAAUUUGAUUCUGAAUUGAUUUUAGAAAGAAUUGAUUUUAGAAUGCUGUGUUACUUUUAUUGUUAUUAGCUGCUCUGAGCCUGGCUUCGGCUGGGGAGGGCGGGAUAUAAAUAAAUUAUUAUUAUUAUUAUUAUUAUUAUUAUUAUUAUUAUUAUUAUUAUUUCUGACGCCUCUAGCCCUACCCGGCACAGUUAAGAUGAACUCCCACCCCCUUCUCUUUCCUCCUUCCUGAUUCUUAAGGCUGAAGGACAUGAAAACAAUCAAGGAAGAGACAGAAGCCAAGUUGGCCGACUUGGAAGACCAGCUGAUGGAGAUGCAAGAGGAGCUGGACCGGUUCCGGGAGCCGAUGGGAGAUUCUCCAGACAGGGAUGCUCUGCUGAAAGUAAGUGGCUCCCUGGAGCCUCUGGGUACCUCUGCAACAUGCCAGUGUAAUAGAAUCACAGAGCUGUAGGUGUGUAAGGGACCCUGGGGCUGAUCUAGUCUAACCCCUUGCAAUGAAGGAAUCACAGCUCAAUAAUUCCUGACAGGUGCCCCUCCUCCCAAUUUUGGAUUUAAAACUUCCAGCAUAGGAGAGUUCACUGCGUUCUGAGAGAGUCCAUUCCACGAUCGAACAGCUCUUCCUGCAUGACGACAGCCUUACAUUUCUAUGUCUAUAGGAAGAAAAGCAAAACCACUUUUGUGGUUAAGAGUGUUGGACAAGGGCCAGGUGUGGGGGAUCUUUGGCCCUCCAGAUGUUGCAGCGGCUGAUGGGAGUUGUAGUUGGUCAGCAUCUGGGGGGCAAAAGGUUCCCCCAGGCCUGGGAGACCAGAGUUCAAAUCCCUACUCAGCCAUGAAGCUCGCUUAGGCGUGAUCUUGGGCCAAUCGUUGUAUUUUGCCCUAACCUAUUUCACAGGGUUGUUUGUGAGGAUGAAAUGGGAUGUGGUUUGGGGAGAUUCCUGAGGGCCAGGUAGGUUAUCUGUGCCUGAAGUUGCUCACCCCUGUUCUAAGAAAAACUCCAAGUAGGCGCAGGCUUUGUUUUGCAAAUUAUUUAUUUGCUUAUUUAGAGCAUUUGUACCCUUGCUCUUCAUGGGACGCGGGUGGCGCUGUGGGUUAAACCACAGAGCCUAGGACUUGCUGAAGGUCGGCAGUUCGAAUACCCACGACGGGGUGAGCUCCUGUUGCUCGGUCCCUGCUCCUGCCAACCUAGCAGUUCAAAAGCACGUCAAGUACAAGUAGAUAAAUAGGUACCACUCCGGCGGGAAGGUAAAGUGCGUUUCCGUGCGAUGCUCUGGUUCGCCAGAAACGGCUUAGUCCUGCUGGCCACAUGACCCGGAAGCUGUACGCCGGCUCCCUCGGCCAGUAAAGCGAGAUGAGCGCUGCAACCCCAGAGUCGGCCAUGACUGGACCUAAUGGUCAGGGGUCCCUUUACCUUCACCCUUGCUCUUCAUCCAAAAUGGCUAGCAGAGUGGCUUAUUUUUGACAGUCCCUUAUAAUCAAACUUAUAAUCUUAAAAACAACAAAUACAACCACUCAACAACCACAACACGCAAGGAAAAAGGGACACGGAGGGAAGAGGAAAAAGUCAAGCUCUAAAUGCUGGCCCAAUUCAGUGCCAGAAGGUGCCUGAUGGAGCCGGCCUGGCAAGGCUGAGCCGAUGGUUUGAGAGCCAGUUGUGCCCUCUUUCCCCAGGAGCUGCUGGAGACCAGAGAGGAGCUAGAGGAGGUUCUGAGGGCCCGGCAGAAGCUGGAGGAUCACCUGCGCCAGCGGGAGAGGGAGUUGACGGCCCUGAAGGGGGCCCUGAAGGAGGAGGUGGCCAGUCACGACCGGGAGCUGGACCGGGUGCGACAGGAGUACCAGCACGACAUGGAGCAGCUCCGGCGUAACAUGGAGGACGUGUCGCAGGUGAGCUUGUUGGGUUUGACCAUCUCCAGUUGCAGAUGGGAGGCCCACGUAGAUGGCUUUCUUUCUGUGAAUGAAAACGAAGCCCCUCGCACUUAGAAAUCUAGCACAUCAGGGAUAAGAGGCCUGUCCUCUCCCUGACAGGCUAGUUUUCUGUGUGCAGGGAUACCAGGCAGGUUACGGGCCCUCACCCACAGUCUCGGUGGCAAGACAUAGAUCCUCAUGUCUGCUUUUAUGUGAACUCUCCACAUCGUUCUGCCCAGACACUGAGGUCCAGCGCCGAGGGCCUUCUGGCAGUUCCCUCAUUGCGAGAAGCAAAGCUACAGGGAACCAGGCAAAGGGCCUUCUCGGUGGUGGCACCUGCCCUGUGGAAUGCCCUCCCACCAGGUGUGAAGGAAAUAAGCAACUAUCUUCUCUUUAAAAGACAUCUGAAGGCAGCCCUGUUUAGGGAAGCUUUUAAUAUUUAAUGCUGUAUUGUUUUUAACCCUUGACUGGGAGCUGCCCAGAGUGGCUGGGGAAACUCAGCCAGAUGGAUGGGGUAUAAAUAAAUUAUUAUUACAGUGGUGCCCCGCAAGACGAAUGCCUUGCAAGACGAAAAACUCGCUAGACGAAAGGGUUUUUCAGUUUUGCGUUGCUUCGCUAGACGAAUUUCCCUAUGGGCUUGCUUCGCAAGACAAAAACGUAUUGCGCUUUUUUUUAAAAGCCGCUUGAAGAGGCGCAGGUGCGACGGACCGUGCUUCGCAAGACGAAAAACAUCGCAAGACGAAAAGACUCGCGGAACGAAUUCUUUUCGUCUUGCGAGGCACCACUGUAUUAUUAUUAUUAUUAUUAUUAUUAACAUUAUUAUUAUUAUUAUGCUGCCAGUCAGAGCCAUUUGGUCAGAGUUGGAGAUAAGGCAGUGUGUUAGAAAAACCUGGCACAGCGGGCCCAUCCUUUAUAGCCCAUGGACCAUUGUGCUGAUCCAGGCCAUCACUUAAAUAGACAUCUUGUCCAGGGACCGGUCCUACCAUUAGGCAGAGGGAGACGACAAAACAUCCUUUAUGCCCAAGAAUCACCGCCCUGACCCUGUUCACCAUUUACAGACAUAAGACUUCCUCUGGGGGCCGGCCCUGCCAUUAGGCAGUGUAGGGAUAUCGCCGAGUGGACAGUGGGGGCCGGAGGGAGCACACUUUCCACCAGCAGGCAGCCACGUCUGCCUGCAUGCGUGACCCUGGGGCGGAGGGAAAACCCCCCCUCAGACAAGCCACAAGCUGUCUAGAACAUCGUCCCCUGCGUCUGACCUUUUGCGGUCUCAGCCGUCAGCAGUGUCCUGUAUGUAACCUUUUUCCUUAGAGACCUUUUGUUUCCUACGUCAUACACUGUGCAAGGGGAAAAUGACACUGUGGAAACAGGUGCCAAAAUAGCUAUGUACCACCCCACGAUCUCGGGACGGAAGAUGCGUAAAGGUCACAGCACAGAAUGUAUCUGCCUAGCUUGCAUAUUUGUCUCAAUAAAAGGAGGCUCCACAGGAAUGGUGGUAGCUCGCUUCAGACCACCUGUGCGCAGCUCACAUGAUGAUCAACACCUGUCUUGGGCCUUCACUUCAGGCAGAAUGAGACAGCAAGCGUCCUUUGUGCCCCAGAAUCAUCUUCCCGACACCAGUCGCCGCUGACAAACAGGGCCGGUCCUACCAUUAGGCAGGAUAGCAGCAGGCAUCAUACUUCCUGGUGUGGAGGACUCCCUGGUCCUCAAUGGGGUAACUGUGCCCCUGAAGGACCAGGUGCCCAGCCUGGGAGUCAUUCUGGACUCACAGCUGUCCAUGGAGGCACAGGUCAAUUCUGUGUCCAGGGCGGCUGUUUAUCAGCUCCGUCUGGGAUGCAGGAUGAGACCCCAGCUGCCCGCAGACUGUCUCGCCAGAGUGGUGCAUGCUCUGGUUAUCUCCCGCUUGGACUACUGCCAUGCACUCCACGUGGGGCUACCUUUGAAGGUGACCCGGAAACUGCAAUUAAUCCAAAAUGCGGCAGCUAGACUGGUGACUGGGAGCGGCCGCCGAGACCAUAUAACACCGGUCUUGAAAGACCUACAUUGGCUCCCAGGAUGUUUCCAAGCACAAUUCAAAGUGUUGGUGCUGACCUUUAAAGCCCUAAACGGCCUUAGCCCAGUAUACCUGAAGGAGCGUCUCCACCUCCAUCAUUCUGCCCGGACACUGAGGUCCAGUGCUGAGGGCCUUCUGGCUGUUCCCUCACUGUGAGAAGCCAAGUUACAGGGAACCAGGCAGAGGGCCUUCUUGGUGGUGGCGCCCGCCCUGUGGAACGCCCUCCCAUCAGAUGUCAAAGAGAUAAACAAGUACCUGUCAUUCAGAAGACAUCUUAAGGCAGCUGUGUUCAGGGAAGUUUUAAAUGUAUGACAUAUUAGUGUAUUUUUGGUCUUUGUGGAAGCCACCCAGAGUGGCUGGGGAAACCCAGCCAGAUGGGUGGGGUACAAAUAAUUUAUUAUUAUUAUUAUUAUUAUUAUUAUUAUUAUUAUUAUUAAUCUCCUGGGCCGGUUCCCCAUCUGUUUGAGUCCGGAGCUGCGCAUAGCGCACACAUGCGCCGUCCAAGCUAUCCUGCCACCUUCGGGCUUGCUAGACGGCGCUGCCUUUUGCUGCAAGCUUCAAGUGCCAGCCUGCUUUUGCACGUGGGGGAAAUCGUAGCUUUGCUUCUUCUCGUCUCUUGCCAGGAUCAGGCCAGCCUGGAGUCGGAGAGGCAAAAGAUCAACACCGUGGUGAGAAAUCUCCAGAGGGAGUUGCAGGAGAGCGGCGAGGAGGCCGCCCAUUGGAAGGAGAUGUUCCAGAAGAAUAAGGACGAGCUGCGAAGCACCAAGCAGGAGUGAGUUGUCCCGUCCCCACCGUCCCUCGAUUCCUCCCCAAAUCUUUAAAAAUUGAGCCAAUUUAUUUUUAUGCGCUGGUGUGUCCUGCGUUUUUCUCAGGGCCUCAGCCUUUUAUUUUUUUUCAAAAAAAAUUUAACUAUAUUUUUCCAAAUUUAUAACAAAUAUAUCCACAAACAUAAAAAAGGAAACACCAAACAAACAAACACACAUAUAUCCUGACUGUAAAAAUUCCACUUUUGUUAUAGUUACUAAGUGACUUUCUCGAAUCCCCCCUGGCUGAGUUUCCAUGUAAAUCAUUGUAGCAGUUCACAUAAACUGAGUUCACAUAAAAUUUACUUAAUCCAUUAACAUCUUAAUCCAUUAACGUCUUUCUUUCUUUCAUUUUAACUUUUAAACAUAGUAUUCUACAACAUCACAUAUUUAAAUCCUAGGCCAAUCUGAUACUCGCAAGUAAUUCUAUUUAAAUUAUCGUAACGUAUUUAACUAAAUAGUCCUUAAAUUUCUUCCAUUCCUCCUGGUACUCCUCCUCCUUCUGGUCGCAGAUCCUUCCAGUCAGGUCAGCUAGCUCCCAAAAGUCCAUCAUCUUCAUCUGCCAUUCCUCCACUGUUGGUAUUUCUUGUAAUUUCCAGUUUUUGGCCAGCAAGAUUCUAGCUGCAGUUGUGGCAUACAAAAACAAUCUAACAUCUUUCUUGGGAAAUUCCAAACCUAUUAUUCCAAGUAGAAAGGCCUCUGGUUUCUUAGUAAAUGUAUAUUUCAACAAUUUUUUCAAUUCAUUAUAAAUCUUUUCCCAGAAGUCUUUCUCCUUGGGACAAGUCCCCCACAUAUAGUGCCUCAGCCUUUUAGGCUUCUGUAGCGAGGGGCAGCCUAGACAGCACUUUCCACAUUUUUUGGGGGGUCCCACUGCCCCCUUGGUUUCAUAAACUCAUCCGCAGUGCCCCUACCCUAUCACAUAAAAAAGGAUUCUUCUGAAUAGGGCUUCCCGUGACCCACUAAGGAAGACCCACUAAGUAACAUUCAAAAGAAUUUUAAAAAUAGUAUUUUGAUAUGGCAGUAAAUUUAUGUAAAAAGAAUUAAGGAAUAAAUGGGAAGUUGGGUAUGAAAGAUAAUGGGAUUUUUUUACUUUUAUUGUAACAUGAAAUUGUAACCACAAAUUUUUGUCAUAAUUUUUAUCUUAAUAUCAGAUUGUGUAAAUUUCAUUUUAUUUCCUCUUCCCUCCCCUCUUAAGUUGUAUGCCCUUUUCAGUAUUGUUCCCUUUUUUUUUGUAUGUAAUAAGCAUGGAAAUUAAAUUAAAUUAAAUUAAUUUUUUUUAAAAAACAUUCAAAAGAAUUAAUGGGAUACAAAAUCCAAUUAAACGAUUUAGUUUAAUUCAACCAAACAGGUGAAUUUGAUCCAGAGGCCCCUGUUUUUCAAAGUCACCUCCGCUUAGGUCAGUGGUUCUCAAACUUUUUCCUCUGGACCACACUUCCAGAACAAAAAUUUGCUGGUGCCAAACUGAUGUGGUGGUUGUUGUUUUUAAUCGAUAAGAAACACGUUGGAAAACAAAAGCUAAAACUCCUCGCAGUGCUUGAUUUCUGACAUAGAAUACAGUGACUUUAUAGUAUGCUCAUGGGGCAUGCAGAAAGUAUAAACAGCACAGCUACAUAAAAGCACGAAAUAUAAUUCCCGAAAUAUAAACGAGCCUCUGACUUAUGUACCUGAAGUAUGUAUGCAAGCUCAGUGAGAGGUGUGUGCUUGCUUUGGCCGGGCAAUCUCAUUUGCAUGAGGUCUAAUUUGAGACAGAGAAACUUUCAUCUCCUCAUCAACACAAAGAAGCCUUUGUCUUUUCUGACCUUUGGUAUUUGUCAGAGCUGAAAACCCCUGUUCGAAACAAUAUGUCUCUGGGAGGAUAGCCAAUGCUUUUGAAUCCAUAUUCUGCAAAUUAAAAAAACACCCAAAUAUUUUGAUACUACACUACACUGAAAGGUUUAAAUGUUUCCUUGGUUUUUUUCCAAUUUUUUAAUUGAUUUUUUAGAAAAAAUUAAACAAACAAACAUAAAUCUCAGCUGUAUUCUUAGUGACAUUGUUAAGAGACUUCCUCGAAUCCCCCUAGUUGAAUUUCAGUGUAUAUCAUUUUAACAGUUUUCCAAAACCAAUUUUCUCAUAAAAUUAACUUAAUCACUUGACAUCUUUCUUUCUUUCUGUUUUAGCUUUAAACAUAUUAAUUCCUAACAUUACAUACUUAAAUCCUAAGCCUAUCUGAUAAUUACAAGCUUUUCCAAUUAAAUUAUCUUAACAUAUUUAACUAAAUAAUCUUUGAAUUUCCUCCAUUCCUCCUGGUACUCCUCCUUCUCGUCGCGGACUCUUCCAGUCAGGUCGGCUAGCUCCCAAAAGUGCAUCAUCUUCAUCUGCCAUUCUUCCACUGUUGGGACUUCUUGUGUUUUCCAGUUCUUGGCUAACAAAAUUCUAGCUGCAGUAGUGGCAUACAAAAACAGUCUCACAUCUUUCUUGGGCAAUUCCAAACCUGUUAUUCCAAGAAGAAAGGCCUCUGGUUUCUUAAUAAAUGUAUAUGUCAACAUUUUUUUCAAUUCAUUAUAAAUCUUCUCCCAGAAGUCUUUCACCUUGGGACAGGUCCACCACAUAUGAUAAAAGGUACCUUCUUGUUCUUUACAUUUCCAGCAUAGAUUAUCACUAUUGUGAUAAAUCUUUGUGAAAUUUACAGGGGUAAAGUAGGUUUAAAUGUUUCCUUGAUUGCCCUUGACUCUUCCUGCCACACUUGCCGUCAUCUCCUGCCACUCCAGUGUGGCACACCGCCUGCUCUGAGAACCGCUGUCCUAGGUGAUCUCACUGCCCUCCAUUGGAACAUCUGUCCUAGCAGCUUUUAGAUCAGCCCUUCUCAACCUGUGGGUCCAGAAGGUGUUGUUGGACUACAACUCCCAUCACCCCUAGCUAGCAAGGCCAGAGCUCGGGAAUGAUGGGAGUUGUAGUCCAGCAACAUCUGGAGACCCACAGGUUGAGAACCGCUGGAUUAGAUGUUUCACUUAUCUUGCCUUUAGUGGCAGGGCAGGUGCAAAUUUAGCAAAUCGCAAUUAAACGCCUCCUUUUUCUGGCUCUCCUUCCUUCGACCGCCUCCAGGCUGUUGCAGGUGAAGGUGGAACGCGAGGACUUUGAGGAGGAGCUGAAGGAGCUGAGGGAGCGUUUCGCAGCUGUGCGGCAGGAAGCGGAUCAGGCCCGGAACGGCGCUGGCAAUUCCGGAGAGGCCAGCGCCCUCAGAAAGGUGCGCUCGGUUCACGGGGGUUCCUAGGGCAGACUCUGGCUUGCAGCAGUGUGGGUGGGCUUAUGGGGAGUGUUCAAAGGUUCUGUGGGCGGGGCCAGGGGCAGACAGGAGGCGGGGCUAAUCACAGAAGCUUUUUGUUUCACUCUAGUGCUGUAGUCUAAACCACAGAGCCUAGGGCUUGUCGAUCAGAAGGUCGGCGGUUCGAAUCCCCGCCACGGGGUGAGCUCCCGUUGCUCGGUCCCUGCUCCUGCCAACCUAGCAGUUCAAAAGCACAUCAAAGUGCAAGUAGAUAAAUAGGUACCGCUCCGGCGGGAGGGUAAGUGGCCUUUCCGUGCGCUGCUCUGGUUCGCCAGAAGCAGCUUAGUCAUGCUGGCCACAUGACCUGGAAGCUGUACGCCGGCUCCCUUGGCCAGUAAAGCGAGAUGAGCGCCGCAACCCCAGAGUCAUCCGCGACUGGACCUAACGGUCAGGGGUCCCUUUACCUUUACCUAUUACAAUGGUACCUCUGGUUACGUACUUAAUUCGUUCCGGAGGUCCGUUCUUAACCUGAAACUGUUCUUAACCUGAAGCACCACUUUAGCUAAUGGGGCCUCCUGCUGCCGCCGCACGAUUUCUGUUCUCAUCCUGAAGCAAAGUUCUUAACCCAAGGUACUAUUUCUGGGUUAGUGGAGUCUGUAACCUGAAGCGUAUGUAACCUGAAGGGUAUGUAACCCGAGGUACCACUGUAUUUAUUAAUUUAAUGGCCAUACCGAUCUCUUGUAGCUCGAGAACUCUUUUCUUCCACGAUGGAUGCUUGCUAUUCUUCCAUCAGGCUCUGUGGAUUUGUGUGUGUGUGUGUGCAUGGCUUUCUAAUUCCCUCCUUUUCCCUCGUUCCGGCAGGAGCUGCGUGAGGUCCGAGAUCAGCUGAGAGACUUAACGUUGUCCAAGCAAGCCCAGGACGACGUCCUCCACCAGCGGGAGAGGGAGCUGCUGGCCCUGAAAGAGGCUUUGGAGGACGAAGUGGGCGGCCACGACCAGGAAAUGGCUGAGAUGAAGCAGCAGUUCCAGCAGAACGUCCAGCAGCUACAGAAGGAUUACGAAGAGGCCUUCAAGGCAAGGAUCCCUGGUGUUUUUUUGCCGGGGUGUGUGUGUGUGUGUGUGUGUGUGUGUCUUGGCAAUCAGCUGCCUGCCUAGAGUUCCCACGGUGAUGUCAGGUUGAUUGACACACAGCUGACCCCACCCCUCUGUUGAAGUUUGGCCCUUGGGCAUGGGGUGGCGCAUCCAUCCUUCCCAUCAGGGCCCAGCUCCCCCCACCCGUCACAUAAGAACAUCCCUAAGGAAGUCAGAUUAUCCUCCACCAGGGCCAGGUAUUAAAAACAAUACAGCAUUAAAUAUUAAAAACUUCUCUAAACAGGGCCUCCUUCAGAUGUCUUUUAAAAAUAAGAUAGCUGCUUAUUUCCUUGACAUCUGGUGGGAGGGCGUUCUACAGGGCGGGCGCCACCACCGAGAAGGCCCUCUACCUGGUUCACUGUAACUUGGCUUCUCGUAGGGAGGGAACCGCCAGAAGGCCCUCGGAGCUGGAUCUCAGUGUCCGGGCUGAACAAUGGGGGUGGAGAUGCUCCUUCAGGUAUAUUGGGCCGAGGCCAUUUAGGGCUUUAAAGGUCAGCACCAAAACUUUGAAUUGUGCUCAGAAACGUACUGGGAGCCAAUGUGGGUCUCUCAGGACCAGUGUUAUGUGGUCUCUGCGGCCGCUCCGAGUCCCCAGUCUAGCUGCCACAUUCUGGAUUAAUUGCAGUUUCCGGGUCACCUUCAAAGGUAGCCCCACGUGGAGCGCAUGGCAGUAGUCCAAGCGGGAGAUAACCAGAGCAUGCACCACUCUGGCGAGACAGUCUGCGGGCAGCUGGGGUCUCAUCCUGCAUCCCAGACGGAGCUGAUAAACAGCUGCCCUGGACACAGAAUUGACCUGCACCUCCAUGGACAGCUGUGAGUCCAGAAUGACUCCCAGGCUGCACACCUGGUCCUUCAGGGGCACAGUUACCCCAUUCAGGACCAGGGAAUCCUCCACACUCGCCUGCCCUCUGUCCCCCCAAAAUAGUACUUCUGUCUUGUCAGGAUUCAACCUCAAUCUGUUAGCUGCCAUCCAUCCUCCAACCGCCUCCAGGCACUCUCAUCGUCUUCCCUGGUUCUGAUUUAAAAGAGACGUAGAUCUUGGAAAUGUAGCAUGAGUUUGGAUAUGCAGAAGAUAUGAAAAAAUCAAUUUAAGGAACUGCAGAAAGAGGGGGAAGGAAGUCAAAUUAUUAAAAGUUGAACAGAUUGUAAAAUUAAUGAAAUGUAUAAAUUUGAAAAGUACAGAUAAAAAACUUAAAUGCCUAACUCUUUUUUUUAAAAAAAAAUAUUAACCUACUUGUCUCUUUCCUCCAUCCCACCACCACCAGGUAAAGUCCUCCUUGGAAGGUGAGAAGGAGGCGACCGAGCAGAUGAAGAAAGCCGUGGAGUCUACCCUGAGGGAGACGCAGGAGGAGAACGACGACCUUCGGCGGAAAAUCCUUGGCCUGGAGACUCAGAUCAAGGAGUACAGGCACUUUGCAGACAACUGGCAAGGGACCGAGGCCAGGCUGAAGGAGAAGAUUGCCAAACUGGAGGUACCUUUCUUUCUGGGCGGGCGGGAGAAGAUCACAAGGGAGAGUCGGGGCAGUUUCUCGCAAGCCUCUUUAUUUUCCCACCGUGGCGGGGAACUGUAUCCCAACCCAGGCAGAAGUUUUCCAUCAUUAAACCCUUGGCAGCCAGUUUGCUUAGCCCCGGUGCAGAGCCCCGCAAAGGGGGGGCCAUCAGGUGUCAAACAGAUAAAUAACUAUAGGACCACUGCAAGACACCUGAAGGCAGCCCCGUAUAGGGAAGUUCUUAAUGUUUGGUGUUUUAUUCUGCUUUUAUAUUUUGCCGAAAGCUGCCCAUCUCGUCCAACCCCCUGCAGUGCAGGAAUAUGCAGCUGUCCAAUAUGGGGUUUUAUUUUUUGAUUGUGUUCUGUGAACCGCCCUGGGAACCUCUGGGUAUAGGGUGGUAUAUAAAUUCAGUAAAUAAAAAUAAUAAAAAUAAUAUGGGGACUGAACAUGCAACCAUGGCAUUACCAGCACCGUGCUCUAACCCGUGGGUAGGCAAACCAAGGCCCAUGGGCCGGAUCCAACUCAGUCACCUUGUAAAUCUGGCCUGCGGACAGUCUGGGAAUCAGUGUGUUUUUACAGGAGUAGAAUGUGUGCUUUUGUUUAAAAUGCAUCUCUGGGUUAUUUGUGGGACAUAGGAAUUCAUUCAUUUCCCCCCCAAAAAAUAUAGUCCGGCCCCCCACAAGGUCUGAGGGACAGUGGACCGGCCCCCUGCUGAAAAAGUUUGCUGACCCCUGCCUAACCAUCUGACCUAUCCAGGCUGACUAUUACCUUGGUUGUCAAAUUUAAUCCGUUCCAGGAGUCUGUUCGACUCCCGGAAGCGUUCAAAAACCAAGGCGCGGCUUUCGCUUGGCUGCAGGAGCUCCUUGCACUCAAUCGGAAGCUGCGCCGGACAUUCGGCUCCCAAAAAACAUUUGCAAACCGGAACACUCGCUUCCGGGUUUGCAGUGUUGGGGAGCCGAUUUGUUGGGGAGCCAAGCCGUUCGACAACCAAGGCUUUCUGAACUUUGGGUUCUCAGAUGUUGUUGGACUACAAUUCCUAUCGUCCAGAAUUCGGGAUCAGGAUGAUCAGAGAUUCCAGGAAAGUUGGUGUAAAUUUAUGGUGCAUUUAAAGGAUAAUUGUAAAACUCUAAAAACACUGGCAGGAUUGAAAUAACUCCUACAGUGUAAAGAUAAAGAGGUUUAGUAUUAAAAUACGCGAUUUAAAAGAGUAAGGGAUGCAUAUUGAAGGAAGGAGGGAAGUCACAAGCUCAGCAGAGCUAAGAGUAUAUAUGUGGUUUGAUGUACAGUGGUACCUUGGGUUGCAUACGCUUCAGGUUACAUACGCGUCAGGUUACACACUCCACUAACCCAGAAAUAAUGCUUCAGGUUAAGAACUUUGCUUCAGGAUGAGAACAGAAAUCGUGCUCCGGCGGCGCAGUGGCAGCAGGAGGCCCCAUUAGCUAAAGUGGUGCUUCAGGUUAAGAACAGUUUCAGAUUAAGUACAGACCUCCGGAACGAAUUAAGUACUUAACCCGAGGUACCACUGUACAGUGGUGCCUCGCAAGACGAAAUUAAUCCGUUCCGCGAGUCUCUUCGUCUUGUGGUUUUUUCGUCUUGCGAAGCACGGCGCUUAGCGGCUAUUAGCGGCUAUUAGCGGCUUAGCGGCUAUUAACGGCUUAGCGGCUAUUAACGGCUUAGCGGCUUUAAGAAAAAGGAAACAAACUCGCAAGAACUCGCAAGACGUUUCGUCUUGCGAAGCAAGCCCAUAGGGAAAUUCGUCUUGCGGAACGACUCAAAAAACGCAAAACCCUUUCGUCUAGCGAGUUUUUCGUCUUGCGAGGCAUUCGUCUUGCGGGGCACCACUGUAUUGUAUAAAACUGUGUUAAUAAAAUAAUAAAAAAUUAUUGGGGGGGGAGGAAUAAAAUUCCCAUCGUCCAUAGCCAGCAGGGGCAGCAAUCCAGGAUGAUGGGAGUGGUAGUCCAACGACAUCCGAGAACCCAAGGUUGAGAAAGCCUGCCUUAAACUGUAGGUGGACAGGGACCGAUCCGAAAUGCCCGCGUCCUUAAGAGGGACUUGAAGGACCAGCCGCAAAUCUCUUGCGCUAUGUGCUACUGCCGUCUCCCUUUUUUGACGUUCCUGCGCUGUUGUCCCCCCGUUCCCAGUCCGACCGCAAGCAGAUGGAGGAGUCUCUGGGGGACGCCACUGACCAGGAACAGGAGCUGCUUCUGGUGAAGAGGUCUCUGGAGAGCCGCCUGGAAGACGCCCAGAGGAGCCUCAACCGCCUCUCCCGGGAGCACCAGGACCUGACUGCCUCUCUCCACGAGGAGCUGGCGCAGAAGGAGCAGCUCAAGCGGGCCAAGAACGAGCUGGAGGAGGAGAAGCGCCUGCUGGACAAGAGCAUCGGGAAGCUGACGAAGGAGGUGGGUGGCCACUGCUAAUUACCGGUAAUCAGCAAGCAUCUCUAAAAAUUAUUCAUGACAUGGAGAGAUUGGUUUUCUCCCUCCUAGCACUAGAGCUCACGGGCAUUCAGGGAAGCUGAACAUUGGAAGAUUUGGGACUGGUGAAAGGAAGGACGACUUGACGCAGCUUGUAGUUGAUCUGUGGAACUCCUUUCUGCAGGAGGCAAUGAAGCCCACUAACCUUGUGUUUAGUCGUUUAGUCGUGUCCGCCUCUUCGUGACCCCCUGGACCAGAGCGCACCAGGCUCUCCUGUCUUCCACUGCCUCCCGCAGUUUGGUCAAACUCAUGCUGGUAGCUUCGAGAACACUGUCCCACCAUCUCGUCCUCUGUCGUCCCCUUCUCCUUGUGCCCUCCAUCUUUCCCAACAUCAGGGUCUUUUCCAGGGAGUCUUCUCUUCUCAUGAGGUGGCCAAAGUCUUGGAGCCUCUGCUUCAGGAUCUGUCCUUCCAGUGAGCACUCAGGGCUGAUUUCCUUCAGAAUGGAGAGGUUUGAUCUUCUUGCAGUCCAUGGGACUCUCCAGAGUCUCCUCCAGCACCAGAAUUCAAAAGCAUCAAUUCUUCGGUGAUCAGCCUUCUUUAUGGUCCAGCUCUCACUUCCACACAUCACUACUGGGAAAACCAGAGCUUGAACUAUACGGACCUUUGUUGGCAAGGUGAUGUCUCUACUUUUUCAGAUGCUGCCUAGGUUUGUCAUUGCUUUUCUCCCAAGAAGCCGGCAUCUUUUAAUUUCGUGGCUGGCUUUAAAAGAGGAUGAGAGACAUCCAUGGAGCAGGAGAGGGAUAUCAGUGGCUCUUGGCCACGAUGGCUUUGCUCUGCCUCCACGGAUGGAAGCCCAUUGUGAAUCCCAGUUGCUGGAAUCCUCAGGAGGGGAGCGUUGCUCCCACGCUCAGAUCCCUCUUGUGGGUUUCCCUUGGGGGCAUCUGGUUGGCUACUGUGAGAACAGGAGGCUGGACCAGAUGGGCCAUUGGCUCUUCCUAAGUUCUGCUGCCCUUUUUUUAAAUUUUUGUAGAGGACCUGCUGGGAGCUGCCUAAUUCUCUUUUUUUAUUAGUUUUUUUAACAUAUCAUUUUCAACAAUAAUUAAACAUACAGUGGUACCUCUGGAUGCGAACGGGAUCCGGUCCGGAGCCCCGUUUGCAUCCUGAGUAGAAUGUAAGACACGACUGCGCGUGCGCGGGUCACGUUUUGCCGCUUCAGUGCAUGCGCGUGACACCAUUUUGAACAUCUGCGCAUGUGCGAGCGGCGAAACCCGGAAGUAAUGCACUCCGAUACUUCUGGGUCUCCAAGGAGCGUAACUUGGAAAUGCUCAACCUGAAGCACAUUUAACCUGAGGUAUGACUGUACUUUUACAUCUUAAACAGUUUUUUUUACUUCCAUCAACCACAUCUGAAAGUUUUCCAAUCUAUUCACUUAAUAUACAUUUCUUACUUUCACUAUUACAUUUACAUCUCAUAACUAAUAUCUCUCUUCUUUCUCCUCUUUGCAAUGGUUCGUACGGUAUAUUCCUCCUUACAAAACUUCUUGUAGUCCUACUAGCGUAAUUUGUUGAUUACAGUUGCUCUUCAAAUAGUUCGUAUAUUUCUUCCAAUCUUCUGUGAAUCUCUGGUCCCACAGGUUUUGAAUCCUUCCUGUCAUUUUAUCCAAUUCUGCGUAGUCCAUUAAUUUUGUCUGCCAUUCUUCUUUCGUCAGAAUUUCUUCUUGCUUCCAUUUCUGGGCUAACAAUACUCUUGCCGCUGUUGCUGCGUAUAAAAACAAUUUAACAUCCUGUUUAUGGAAGCUGCCUAAUUCUCAUUCUCAGACCAUUGCCCAGCUAGUUCAGUGUUGUCAGCACUGGCUGGCAGCAGAUCUCCAGGGCUGCAGGCAAGGGAUGUUCCCAUCCCUGCAUGGAAGAUUGUGCCAGGGCCCUUCUUUGUCCAAAGCAGAUACUCUACCACGGAGUUAGGGUCUCUAGGGUACCAGGCCUCAUGGCCAGAUGUAGAAAAGGAUGGUUUAAGCCCUGUUCACUUUGAAAUUAUCCCGUGAAGGCCCAACGAAGCAAAUGGCAGUCGCUCAUGAGCACCAACUGGCUAGCAGCCGUGACCUCACCAACCAACUGUCAUUCUCUUGAUUUGGCUCCUGUCCUUUUUUGAGAAGGCUCUGUGCUCAGAUGACUUGGAAGUGGGUUGUCCCCCAGUGGGGUUAAAGCUGCCUGUCCUCCUGGUGUCCUUGAUUUGAUCGCUUUUACUUUGGAUGCUCAGGUUGUGAACGUGAUCCAUGCGGGAUGCACGUUCGCAACCCGCAGCGUUCGCAACUCGCGUCUGUGCACACACGGGCUGCGAUUUGGGGCUUCUGUGCAUGCGCAAAGCACGAUCUAGCGUUUCUGCACAUGCGCAACUGCCAAAACCCGAAAGUAACCUGUUCCAGUACUUCCGGGUUUCGGCAGUCCGUAACCUGAAAAAACACAACCUGAAGCGGAUGCAACAUGAGGUAUGGCUGCAUAUUUUUAAACAUGGAAUACUUGGGACUCCUAAGGGACGCGGGUGGUGCUGUGGGUUAAACCAAGCCUAGGAUUUGCCGAUCAGAAGGUCGGCGGUUCGAAUCCCCGUGACGGGGUGAGCUCCUGUUGCUCGGUCCCUGCUCCUGCCAACCUAGCAGUUCGAAAGCACGUCAAAGUUCAAGUAGAUAAAUAGGUACCGCUCCGGCAGGAAGCUAAACGGCGUUUCCGUGCGCUGCUCUGGUUCGCCAGAAGUGGCUUAGUCAUGCUGGCCACAUGACCCGGAAGCUGUACGCCGGCUCCCUCGGCAAGUAAAGUGAGAUGAGCGCCGCAACCCCAGAGUCGGCCACGACUGGACCUAAUGGUCAGGGGUCCCUUUACCUUUACCUUUACUUGGGACUCCUAUCAACGCCCUCACCCAGGCACGGGCCUCCUCAGCUUUGGCAGGCCUGCAAAACCAAUUCCUCGGUGUGUCUUUGCCUUGCCUUGCCUCACGUUAGGGCUCUAUGUGGACUGAAUUCAGCUCCCUCUCAGGGUCUCUGCUGCAAAGCCGGCUGCCGCAGCACUGCAGAGGGGGGUGGCGUUCGCUCCCAGUCGGCCAUGAGAAGACAGCCAGAUCAUUAGGCAGCAGGCCCUUGCUGCCAGCUCCCAUUUUCUGCUGAGGUUUAAGGAGCUGACACCAGUGAUCUGGCAGGGCUUUUAACAGAGCAGCAGGAUUGUGACAGGGUCCGCGAGGGUGGACAAGGCGAUGACAGGAGCAGCCAGCAGAUGAUGCUUUGGCCUUCGCUGGGCCAGAGAGGGAGAGACGCAGAAUCUUGGGCAAGCUGUGCAGAGAGAUGCCCAGAGACCCUGUAUUUCGUGUGUGUGUGUUAGAGAGGACCUUAGAUGUUCUACCAUCGAGCUAUGGCUCUUCCACAGCUGUAUAUAUACAUGUAUUAAAAAUGCAAUAUACUGAGGUUCCCCAUCCCUGCUCUGGUCUUAGGAAAUAGGAGGCAAUUGGGGGAGCCAGCCAUCCUCCCACUUCUUGGAGACGGGGGGAAAUUGGGAAGGGUUUUAACCAUCUUCCUGGUCCUCAUGCUGGUAGCUUCGAGAACACUGUCCCACCAUCUCGUCCUCCGUCGUCCCCUUCUCCUUGUGCCCUCCAUCUUUCCCAGCAUCAGAGUCUUUUCCAGGGAGUCUUCUCUGCUCAUGAGGUGGCCAAAGUCUUGGAGCCUCAGCUUCAGGAUCUGUCCUUCCAGUCAGCACUCAGGGCUGACUUCCUUCAGAAUGGAGAGGUUUGAUCUUCUUGCAGUCCAUGGGACUCUCAAGAGUCUCCUCCAGCACCACAGUUCAAAAGCAUCAAUUCUUUGGCGAUCCGCCUUCUUUAUGGUCCAGCUCUCACCUCCAUACAUCACUACUGGGAAAGCCAUAGCUUUUAACUAUAUGGACCUUUGUUGGCAAGGUGAUGUCUCUGCUUUUUAAGAUGCUGUCUAGGUUUGUCAUUGCUUUUCUCCCAAGGAGCAGGCGUCUUUUAAUUUCAUGACUGCUGUCACCAUCUGCAGUGAUCAUGGAGCCCAUGAUUAAAACAUGGUUGCAAGAACCAAUGAUCCCUAUAUUCUGAACAAAAUGCUUGCUUGACCUGGAGGUAGGCUGUAUGAACUGUGUAUUGCUUUGUAACGAUUUGUUGGGUCUCUGGGCCGUAAUAAAGGUUGAUGAUGAUUAAAACAUCCUCCUUGAGGUUUCACCUGGAGUCCCUCUCCUCUCCUCCAGCUAGAUCAGAUGGCUCAAGAGUCCCACAGCGCCCUGUCCAAGCUGCAGAGUCAGCUGGAGGAAUACAAGGAGAAGUCGCGCAAGGAGAUCACGGACUCCCAGAAGCAGGCCAAAGAGAGGAACACCGAGGUGGAGAAGAUGCAAUACAACCUGGGGCGGUUGCAGGACGAGGUACGAUGGGGUGGGAAGAGGGCCCUGCUCCCCUUUUCUCUCUGCUUUCAAAAUCAAGAGGCGAACACAAUUCAAGGAAGGGGCUAUGGAAUGAGCAGGGGGCUGCGAGACCCCAGAGGUAGCAGUGGACACUGGGCUAGGUGGGGCCAGUCGUCUUGGCCAGGUGAGCUGUCGGUGGCUGGCUUCUUCCUCUUCUUUCGUCUCCAUGAGACUCAGCAGGAAGGACAAGGAUGGGGAGGAACUAGAGUUAGCUGGCUCCGCCUUUCAUUGCCACUAUAAUAUAAUAUAAUAUAAUAUAAUAUAAUAUAAUAUAAUAAUAAUUUAUUAUUUAUACCCCGCCCAUCAGGCUGGGUUUCCCCAGCCCCUCUGGGCGGCUUCCAACACAAUAUUAAAAGACAGUAAUGCAUCAAACAUUAAAAGCUUCCAUAAACAGGGCUGCCUUCAGAUGUCAUCUAAAAGUCUGGUAGUUGUUGUUCUCUUUGACAUCUGGUGGGAGGGCGUUCCACAGGGCGGGCGCCACUACCGAGAAGGCCCUCUGUCUGGUUCCCUGUAACCUCACUUCUCACAAGGACGGAACCACCAGAAGGCUCUCGGAGCUGGACCUCAGUGUCCAGGCAGAACGAUGGGGGUGGAGAUGCUCCUUCAGAUAUACUGGACUGAGGCUGUUUAGGGCUUUAAAGGUCAGCACCAACACUUUGAAUUGUGCUUGGAAACGUACUGGGAGCCAAUGUAGGUCUUUCAAGACCGGUGUUAUAUGGUCUCGGCGGCCGCUCCCAGUCACCAGUCUAGCUGCCACAUUCUGGAUUAGUUGUAGUUUCCUGGUCACCUUCAAAGGUAGCCCCACGUAGAGCACAUUGCAGUAGUCCAAGCGGGAGAUAACCACUGGCUCGGCCUACUCUUUGGUCCCCGCGCCUUCCGCCCCACGUUUCCCAGUGGGCUCUGGAUGGGCCUCUUGCCCUGAUCCAGCACGCUUAUUCACUCCCGAUAGCUGGGGGCAGAACCUCCCUCUGCAGGGGCAGUCUAUCUCUGACGCUAGGGGAACGCACCGGAAGAGGAGGGCUGCCUCUUUCGUUCCCGCCUUGUGGGCUUCUGCCAGGCCUGCCUCCGGCAGGAGAGUCGGUGUGGCCGUAGGGCAAGUGUGGACUUCAGCUCCCAGCCGCCUCAGCCGGCAGGCGAGGAUGAUGGGAGAUGUAGUCCAGCAACUCCCAAGGGUCACGGGGGUUUCCCACAAGGGGAAAAGUCCCAGGUUGGCGGCAGGGCCUGGGUUCGAAUCUCUCACUCCUCCAGAAAGGCAUGCUGGUCUACUCCCUCGCAAACCCGCUUCCGUUUCCCUCCCUUCCAGGUGAUGCGUCUGAAGCAAGCCUUGCAGGACGCCCAAGCUGAGCGUGAGAACGCCGUCUUGGACAAGGAACUGCUGGCCCAGCGCCUCCACAACUUGGAGCAGGAGAUGGAGUCCAAGCGGAGGUCGCAAGACGAUCGAUCCCGGCAAGUCAAGGCCCUGGAGGUUUGCAUUUCCACCCUCCCCUGCCUUCCUCUUUCCUGAACUGAGAAUCCCAGCAGACCUCCAGACCCGUGGCUCCAGCACACAUUUAAAGCGGUGUGAUGCCUCUUCGUAAACAGCCUUUGGCUUCCCCCAAAGGAUUCUGGGAGCUGUGGUUUGGCAAGGGUCCUGAGAAUUGCUGGGAAACGCCCCCUGCCCCCAUUUGGCUCCCAGGGGGGCCGAAGAAUCGCUCCCCCUUCACAGAGAACUCUGGGAAUUGUAGGGGAGUAGAAAACUGGAAACGAGGGAGGGUUCCUCUCCUUGUCAAAGCAAGAAAAAAAUGUGGUUUUUUGCCGUCUGGCCUGGGUCCGCCAUGCAUGCAAUACUUCCUAGCCAACAGCAGGAGGCAGCAGUGCUGCUUUUCAAAAAGUCUCUGUCUGUCCCCCAUACAGCUGUUUGGUUCCUCUGUCUCUGCUACAAACACCCUACCCCCAGUAGAGAGCAAUUUUGGUAAAACCUGAUAAUUUUUGCAUGUGCUUAAAAAUAGCAACACAGCAAAGAUGUGUUUUCCGGCUCCUCCUGCUGCAACACGUUUGCAAACACUGCAUUUUUCCACAUGAAGCACUUUUUUUUGGUAAAACAACCACGGCAAAAACCUAUUUUCCAAGUUUAAGCAGGCAGAAAUUAAACCAAGCAGUCUGAUGGUUUUGUUUUUUUGCGAUCAGAAGGUCGGCGGUUCGAAUCCUCGCGACGGGGUGAGCUCUGGUUGCUCUGUCCCAGCUCCUGCCAACCUAGCAGUUUGAAAGCAUGUCAAAGUGCAAGUAGAUAAAUAGGUACUGCUCUGGCGGGAAGGUAAACGGUGUUUCCGUGCGCUGCUCUGGUUCGCCAGAAGCGGCUUAGUCCUGCUGGCCACAUGACCCGGAAACUGUACGCCGGCUCCCUCGGCCAGUAAAGCGAGAUGAGCGCCGCAACCCCAGAGUCGGCCACGACUGGGCCUAAUGGUCAGGGGUCCCUUUACCUUUCCUCCAGGGAGCUCAAGGUGGCUUGUAGAAUUCUUCCCUCUGCUGAUGUCAUCUUCUCAGCAGCCCUGUAAUGCCAGGCUGAGAGACUGCGGGUUGGCCCAAGGUCACCCAGCGAGAGCUUCGUGGCCGAGUGGGGAUUUGAACCUUGGUCUCCCAGGUGGUAGUCCCACACUCUGGCCACUGCACCCCACUAGCUAGAGGUGGUUAGGGUUGUAAGAUUUAUGACCUGGGAGACCAGGGUUCAAAUCUCUGUCCACAGCCAGGAAGCUCACAGGAAGCCAAUAAUAAUAAUAAUAAUAAUAAUAAUAAUAAUAAUAAUAAUAAUUUUAUUUAUACCCUGGCCAGAGCUGGGCUCAGGGCAGCUAACACCAGUAAAAUUACAAUAAAAACAUAAUAGGGUAGGAAAACCAAUUUAAAAUACAGGUUAAAAUACAAUUUAAAAAUUAGCUCCUUGGAGGAAAAGUUGGUAUAUAAAUGAGAUUAUUAUUAAAGUCAUACUUUCUUUUAUUCUGCUCAGGGUUGGGUUUCCCGCCCCCCCCCCCCCCGCAAACAACAUUUUAUUGUGGCCUUUUCCCACACAGUUCCAGAGCUUCAGUUUCAUUUCUGAAGCCAACUCAAUGCUUUAUGUCAUUGCCUGAAUGAUACCUGCACUCAUGGGCGGGAUAGCAGAUAACGUUUGAUUAAACGCGUAAAAUGGUUUUUCAGGACAAAUCGAAACGCCUCGAAGUGGAGCUGGACGAGGAAAGGAACACGGUGGAGCUCUUGACGGAGAGGAUCAACCGCACGAGAGACCAGGUGGGGGAGAUGGUGCCUGUCGACAUCUUGGCCGCUUGCAAAACGCAGGCUGCUUCUAAAGCAGUGUUGUGCCACUUUAAACCCCAAGGAAUUCUGGGAAGUGUAGUUUGUUGAGGGUGCUGAGAGUUGUUAGAAUAUCCCAGGCAUCCCCAACCUGUGGCCCUCCAGAUGUUUUGGCCUACAACUCCCAUGAUCCCUAGCUAACAGGACCAGUGAUCAGGGAUGAUGGGAAUUGUAGUCUCAAAACAUCUGGAGGGCCGAAGGUUGGGGAUGCCUCAUGGAACUACACUUCCCAGAGUUCCCUGCGAAGAGGGCUCUGAGAAUUGUAACCCUGCGAGGGAAUUCGGCAGCACAGGGGUCUCUCGGCAGCACAGACUACAACUCCCAGAAUUCUUUGGGAGGCCCGCUCCAGUUCAUUGUCAAACUGCCCUUAGGGUGGCUGUAAUCACACAUCCAUUUAAAUAGCUUUUAUUAUACUGCCUUAAACAGCCACAGCUCCCCACUCCAGGAACCCCGGAAACUGUAGUUUGCUACAAGCGCCGAACGUUGUUAGGGAAACCCUCUGUCCCUUGGCGCAUCAGUGCAAUAAAUAGAUAAGUAUUCAACGACUUUGAAAAUAAAAUCUUUGGGUUGUAUCAAUGCUAACCCUACUCAGGCGUAUACAAAUUGUGCAAGAUACGAGCUCAGCAUAACAAGGUUUGUCCCAGUCAGAUCUUUAACCCCAGAGGAAAUCGAUUUGCAUAAAUAAUAACACCACAACACUACCACAUCACUCAUCAAUUAAGAACCACUAAAUCUCUUCAUAAUGGCCCGGUCUUUCUACAUGGACAGCACUCAAAAAUUCAGCCACUAUUCAAGUAAUUUGAUCAUUCCUGUCCGAAAGCAGGUCCUGAAGCGUUGGUAUCAUAGAAUUCAGCCUAUUGAGUUGUAAGGCCUCUAAUAAUUGUCUUCUGCUAACAACCCUGUCCCCUAUCAAAACCUUAUGAUCUAUGGGCUGUUUUUAAAAUGAGGCUGCAUUUUAAAUUGCAUUUUAAAUUGGGUUUUUCCCCCCUAUUAUGAUUUUACUGUGAUUUUACUGGUGUUAGCUACCCUGAGCCCGGAAAAGGCAGGGUAUAAAUUAUUAUUAUUAUUAUUAUUAUUAUUAUUAUUAUUAUUAUUAUUAUCUCUGUCUCCCUCCAGAUUGACCAGCUGAGGGCGGAACUCCUUCAAGAGCGCUCUGUGAGGCAGGACCUGGAGUGCGAUAAGAUCUCGCUGGAAAGACAGGUGAGGCUGCCACUGGCGUGUUCGGUCAGGUCUGCAUCUUCUCUUUGCCGACUCAGCGAUCGGAGGCUGCUGGGAUCCUCCCACUUUCCUCCUCCCGCUGCCACCGCAUAUGAUUUUAAAGUUACGCAGAUAAUAACCGGCUGAUUCUGCUCCCCCACCACCCAAAGGAUGGAGAGUCCACAGCUUCCUGAAGGAGUCCGUUCCGCUGCCAAACAGCUCUUGCUGCCAGAUGGUUCCUCCUGAUGUUCAGAUGCAGAUGGAAUCUCCUUUCUUGGAACUUGAAGCCAUGGAUUCGAGUCCUACCCUCCAGAGCAGGCGAAAACAAGCUUGCUCCAUCUUCCAUGCAGUGGCCCUUGAGAUAUUUGAAGAUGGCUCUCAUAUCUCCUCUUUCUCGGGCUAAACAUACCCAGCUCCUUCAACUGUUCCUCAUCAGGCUUGGGUUCCAGGCCCUUGAUCAUCUUGGUUGCCCUCCUCUGCACAUGUUCCAGCUUGUCAACAUCCUUCUUAAAUUGUGGUGCCCAGAACUGGACACAGGAUUCCAGGUGUGCUCUGAUCUCUGGGAAUUGUAGCUCUGUGAAGGGGGAACAGAGAUCUCCUAUGAACUCUCAGCACCCUUGUUGUUGUUUAGUCGUGUCCGCCUCUUUGUGACCCCCUGGACCAGAGCACACCAGGCCCUCUUGUCUUCCACUGCCUCCCGCAGUUUGGUCAGACUCAUGCUGGUAGCUUCAAGAACACUGUCCAACCAUCUCGUCCUCCGUCGUCCCCUUCUCCUUGUGCCCUCCAUCUUUCCCCACAUCAGGGUCUUUUCCAGGGAGUCUUCUCUUCUCAUGAGGUGGCCAAAGUCUUGGAGCCUCAGCUUCAGGAUCUGUCCUUCCAGUGAGCACUCAGGGCUGAUUUCCUUCAGAAUGGAGAGGUUGGAUCUUCUUGCAGUCCAUGGGACUCUCAAGAGUCUCCUCCAGCACCAGAAUUCAAAAGCAUCCAUUCUUCGGCGAUCAGCCUUCUUGGUGGUCCAGCUCUCACUUCCAUACAUCACUACUGGAGGGACUAUGACUUCCCUUGAUCUGGACUCUACACUUCUGUUGAUGCAGCCUAGAAUAGCAUUGGCCUUUAUUGCUGCUGCAUCACACGGUUGACUCAUGUUAAGCUUGUGGUCUGCUUAGACCCCCAGAAGCUUAUAAUGUUGGUGACUUGGGACUAGUUUAUUUAUUGAUUUUGAUUUUAAAUCCGGCAUCUUUUUAUCCAGCCCAUGUCUCACCCUAAGAUGAUAUUCCGGCUAUUGUUGCUUCUGUUUCUAAUCCUUCUGAGUCCCAAGUUCACAACAGAAAUAGAGAAUUCUUUGCCUACCGCUUCAAAUAAUUUUGGUAGCGCCAGAUGGUGGAAGGGAGAUAAAAUCCAAACUAAAUUGGAAUGGCAGGCAAAGUUCUUAGAAUAUGUAGAAUUGGCAAAGAUGACAGGGGAAAUUAGGAAUCAAACAAACCAAGAGUUUAAUAAAGAACGGGAUUUAUUCAAAUUAUAUUGUUCUCAGAUAAAAUCUCUGACAUGUUUUGAAUAACUUCUGCAAUGAUAUUUUCUACCAUGAAUACGAACAAUUAACGAUAAGUUAAAAAAUAUGCAGUCAACAAGGUAAUGAUGGACCCAUAUUGAGGAUGAGGGAAGUCACAAGUUAUGGAAGAAUUUUAUAUGUAAAAAAAUUCUUUGUAUGUGAGGUGAUUUGCUUUCUCUCUUUUUUUUUUUUUUUUGGUUCUUUUGUGGUGGAGGGAUUUAAUGCUUAAAAUAAAGAUUAGAAUUCAAAAAUAAAAUAAAAUAGGCAGCUGCGGUUUGCUAGGAGACCCCUCUCUCCCUAUUCCCCCUCACUGAGCUGAAAUUCCCAGAGUGGUUUAAUAUUUGCCCCCCAACUGGCAUUCGGACGGUGGAAGGCGGUUCAGGCUCUGUUCGAAGCGGGUUUGGACCUGGAAACUUCCCCAGCAGUCUCUUUCCCCACCAGAUCUGCCUUCUGCGUCUGCAGGAGCCCUGCCUGCCUGGGCUUGUGGGGGGUGGGGGGGUGAUGAGACAGGUUAUGUAAUUUGCACCAUUUCAAAAUCCAACCCCCCCUGAGACAUUUCAAUGAACGAGCUGCUGUUACCGUGCAAUUAACGAGGGCGAAAACAGCCCUGGUGACACUCUGCUUGGACGCUGGCCACGUGUGGCUCAAAGCGUUCCCUGUAGAGACCUUUAUUGUAGAAUUGUAGAAGGGACCCCACAAGGUCAUUCAGACCAACCCCCUGCAAUUGUCCUUUGCAAACAGACUUUCCUCUUGUAUGAUCACCCUCCCCCAAGCCUUCAGGUUCAGAAGCUGAGGUACGUCUUGCCCCGUGUGUGUGUGUGUGUGUGUGUGUGUGUGUGUGAAACCUGCUUCUUUCACAACAGGGACGGGGCUAGAACAUCUGCGGUCCUCUGGGCGCCGCCGGACUACAACUCCCAGCAACCCCUUUGCCGUUGGCCCCAGGGGCUGCUGGGAGUUGGAGCCCUGGAGAGCCACAGGUUUUAGACUGGCCUACGUGCCAUACAUUCAGAACACAUUAUUUCCACCCAGAGAAUCCUGGGAACUUGCAAAGCUACAGUUCCCAGCACCCUCAAACUAUAGUUCCCAACCUUCCUUUUUGCGGUGGGGGGGGGAAUGGAAGAUUUCUUACAGCACCGAAAACCAGCAGUUGUGGCAUGGCUCUUGUUUGUUUUUAAAGUAACAGAUCAGAAGCUUUCUUGCAUAAACUUCCACUCUGCUCCGGGUUGUAUGGGAAGAGACCUGCAGCCGUAGGAUUUUAUAGCGUUAGUCAUGCUCUGAGGAGGCCCAUUGACAUGAAUAGACAUGAGUCACUCGGCCCAUUAGUUUCAAAUGGGUCUACUCUUGUGUAUGACUAAUAUUGCCUGCAGAAUCAUAGAAUUGUGCAGUUGGAAGAAACCUUAAGAAUCAUCUAGUCUAGUCCAAUCCAGGAAUCACAGCUUACCAUGCAAAGAGUUUUGUUUUUAAGCUGGUGCAUUUGAGCCAAAGUAUGAAAAAGUUGCAAGGGACGCGGGUGGCGCUGUGGGUUAAACCACAGAGCCUAGGACUUGCCGAUCAGAAGGUCGGCGGUUUGAAUCUCCGCAACGGGGUGAGCUCCCGUUGCUCAGUCCCUGCUCCUGCCAACCUAGCAGUUCGAAAGCAAGUGCAAGUAGAUAAAUAGGUACCACUCCGGCGGGAAGGUAAACGGCGUUUCCGUGCGCUGCACUGGUUUGCCAGAAGCGGCUUAGUCCUGCUGGCCACAUGACCUGGAAGCUGUCUGCGGACAAACGCCGGCCCCUCGGCCAAUAAAGCAAGAUGAGCGCCGCAACCCCAGAGUCGGUCACGACUGGACCUAAUGGUCAGGGCUCCCUUUACCUUUACCUUUUAUGAAAAAGUUGCAAAGGGUGUGGCUGGGUGCUUCUGAUCCCUUUCCUUCCCAGGAAUUUUACUGGAUUUUUAAAUUGCAUUUAUUAAACCACCCCCUCACACCGAGAGAUCCGUGGAUGGUGGGAAAACAGUGAUGAACUUAAGCAACAUCAGUUAAAACCACAUUAGAUAGUAAAAACCAAAUUGGUGGCAGGCAUCGCAUUCUCUGACCUGCCUUCCCCACCCUUUAUGAGAGUCCCAGGGGCCAAGGAAAGGGGUUUGGGGGCCACAUUCAAACCUGGACUUUUAAAAAAAGACAUUGCGGGGGGUUUGGCCAGAGUUCCUCCAGACUCUAUAAUUCUGCUAUUCUAUGUGAGGAAUAAAACUGAAUUUGGGGAGCAAGGAAGGGGAUAUUUGAGCCUGUUCCUCGCCGCCCCGUUUUCUCGCACUCGGUGCCCUCCUCACCACAGAUGUUCUUCGUCCCCAGGGAAGGAAGACAAGCGCGUGAACAGGCUCGUGCCUCGUUUGGCCCUUAAUUGGGCCAAAUGACCAAACGCUUACUAAUUAACGCAUUACAUUACUCCUCGUCUUAAGCAGCAACAGAACCGGUUUGUUUCGAAACAUUGCAGAGCAGUGAGCAGGCCUCUGAGCUCAGCAGAGCGCUUCUUCAUUUCUGGAUGUUCGUUAUAUAUAUAUUUUUAUAAUAUUUUUUAUUAAUUUUAACAUAUAAAUUAUAAAAUGUACCACAAAACUUAUCACUUAUACCAUCAUUUUAGACUUCCAUCAGCACCUCUGAUGAUCCACCAUUUUAACCACUUCUUAUGCAUUUCUUAACUUUAUACUGCCUUUACAUCUCUUAACAAAUCAUCCUUCCCCUUCUCCAUUUUUACAAUUCUUCUGAUAAUACUCCUCACAAAACUUCUUGCAACCCUACAAACGUCGUCUGUUCUUCACAGUUACUUUUCAAAUAGUCCGUAAAUUUUCUCCAGUCUUCCGUGAAUUUCUGGUCCCACCAGUUUCGAAUCCUUCCUGUCCUGUUAGUUUAUCUAAUUCUGCAUAGUCCAUUAACUUCAUCCUCCAUUCUUCAAUCGUCGGUAACUCUUCUUGCUUCCAUUUUUGGGCCAGUAAUAUUCUUGCUGCUGUUAUUGCAUAUAAAAAGAGCUCACAUUCCUUUCUAUUUGUCACUCCCCACAAUGCCCAAUAAAAAUGCUUCUGGUAUCUUUAUAAAUGUAUAUUUCAACAUUUUUUUCAAUUCAUUAUAUAUCAUCUCCCAGAAGCAUUUCACCUUUAUACAUUCCCACCACAUGUGAUAAAAUGUUCGUUAUAAACGGAAAGGGAGAGAUCGCCCGGAGAGGCGUUCUGUGGAACAGGGAAGCUUGCCUGCUGCGGUGUCGAUUUUUGCAGUGCGUCCUCAUUUCGCUGCAGUUAAUUUAGGAUUAUUAUUCAUAUUACCAUUUCCCUAGUAGUCCAGCCUGCCUGCCUGCUAUCCUUUUGCAUCAGCCGUAGAGUUUUAGCCCAAAACUCAGGUUGCUUUGCGGCCUGAAAGAAAACCUCUUUCCGAUAGGCCUCUGCGUUUUUCUCGGCCUCCAUGAGGACUAGCCUCUUUCUUCUUCCCCUUUUGUUUUGUUUAAACGAAAACCAGAUUUCUAAGGGAUUUGGCAGAGGUCUCUGUGGGCUGCGCUUCCCUGUCUGUGCUACUGUUUGGGAGCUGUGGCCCAAGACAUGUUUGAACACAGAUGAGAGAGAACAGGAGCUCUUUUUUGCAUUCCUCCUGAGGGUUUGCGCUCUCUCUCUCUCUCUCUCUCUCUUUCAUAAAGAAAAGCAGCAAAACCGGGCCUCCCACCAUCACCAACUUGGCUGCACUGCAAAGCAAGGGGAAAGCAAUUAUUACUGUUAUGUAACUCUGCUAAUCAAAAUUCCUGCUUUCUGAAGCGGGGAGGGGAAUUUUGUUCAGCCCGGCCCGGGACGUUACAUAACCCUGUGCAGCCGGAGUUCGUGUUUGUGUGUGCGUGUGUGUUUCUGUGUUUGCUCUCCAUCUUGUUGCUUAUAACCCCAAGUUGCUGAUUCAGCCAGAAGCCGCCUGAAAGAGGCUUCCCCUCCCCCAUUUUUUUAAUUGAUUUUCACAUUUAUCACGUAAAAAGAAAAACCUUACAAAAACACACAACAAAAAAUAGCACAAAGAAAAAUUAUUACUUCAAAUUCCUAAUUUCAUUACAUUAAUAACUGACUUCCUCAAAUCCCCUCUAACUGAAUUUCAUUAUAUCACCUGUUUAGCACUUCUCCAAAUUCUUACUUCCAAUAAUAUUAACUUCUUUCAUUUAACUUCUUCUCCUUUAUUAAUAUUGAAAUCCAAAAUAAUUACUAACACAUAUUCUUAUUCUACCCCUAAGCCUAUUUGUUACUUCCAGGAAUUUUCUAUUUAUCUUACAUUACAAUAUUUAGCUAGAUAUUCUUUGAAUUUCUUCCAGUCCUCUUAUGUCGCCUCUUCUUUCUGGUCGCAGAUUCUUCCAGUCAGAUCGGCUAGCUCCGAAAAGUCCAACAUCUUCAUCUGCCAUUCUUCUACUGUUGGUAUCUCUUGCGAUUUCCAGUUUUUGGCUAGUAAAAGUCUUGCUGCUGUGGUGGCAUACGAAAACAACCUACCAUCUUUUUGGGCAAUUCCAAUUCCAUUAUUCCAAGUAGAAAGUCUUCUGGUUUCUUAAUUCUGCAAGAGGCUUUUAAUGAAACUAUUGGUCCAACACAGAUCAGAGCACUGUGCUUUCCAGUCCUUUUCUGCCCCACUUUCCCCAUGCACGCAAAGACCUUCUAAAAGGCUGGUCCCCUCAUCUCAAAAAGGAUAUUGUAGAUGUUGAUUUAAAGCAGAGUCUCGUGCCCAGCGGAAGGAUGAGGAAUACGUGCUGCAUACUCUAUAUUGCUUUAUUUACAGUUCAAAGCUGGUAUAUUACAGAAAGACAUCUUGCCUCUGCCGGAGCAGAAAAUGCAUCCUCUCUCCUCGACAGCUCGGAGAGAAUCACACAGUGAAAAACAGGAAACCAGUGUACGUCACAUCCAGUCUCCCUUUCCCGUGAGAAACUCCAACAGUACAGACUGUGGAAUGUAAACACCUGUCUCGUGACAAGCAGAGCUGCACAGUGAAGGAAAGCAGAAACCAACAUCCUCCCCCUUUCUGUGAACAUCACUGGGCAGCGUGUUUGCACAAUAUCAGUACAAACCCAACUUCUGCACAUAGGUACAGUGUUGAUCCCUUGAUACAAUCUUGGACAAUACAUCAGCAGGAAUUUCAUUACCUGGCAUAUAGGACACCGUUACGAGUCCCUUCUGAAUACAUUCCCUAGCAUGCUGCAACUUUAAUUGUAAGUGCUUUGUGCUUUGCUUACAACCUUCAGACUUCAGCAAAGCCAAACAUGCUUUGUUGUCCUGGUAAACCUGGAUUGGACAUUUGACAGGAAUUUUCAUAUCUUUGCACAAUUGUACUAACCAUUCACAAUCCUUAAGUGAAUAAGACAGUGCAUUCAGUUCGGCUUCACAAGUACUUAAGCUAACUGUUGUUUGCUUCUUGCAUGACCAAUCAAACAGACUCUGAUUGUACAUGUAGCAAACUCCAGACGUACCUUUCCUGUCUGUAGCGUCACUUCCAAAACUUGCAUCUGCAAAUAUCUCAAGACCACCAGACUUCUGAUUGUUAAAUCUCAGUCUGUAAUGCAUAGUGCCUUUCAAAUACCGCGCUAUGCGUUUCAGAGCUUUCCAAUCCUUGACACUAGGAUUGUUGACUUGUCUGCUUAGCAAAUUACAGCUAACAGCAAUGUCUGGUCUUGAACAUCUGGCAAUGAAGUUUAGCUUGCCUAGCACACUCCUGUACAGUGUAGUGUCAGAAAAUGCUUCUUCAGUGUCAUCUACCUGAUAACCUGUUGUCAUCGGUGUGUCUACAGGGUUAGCAUCCAUCAGAUUUAGUUUGCUUAACACAUCAGCAAUUUUCCGUGACUGGUGUACUAGAAUGUUACCAUCUUGAUCUCUCUCUAUUUCCAGAGAUAGGUAGUUGUUUACCUCACCAAGAUCUUUCAUGUCAAAGUGCUCUUUCAGUUGAGCUAGGGCGCUAUUGUACAUUGCAACAUCUUUCCAAAAGAAUAAUAAAUCAUCAACAUAAAACAAACAGUACAGUUUCUUUUGCCCCUCCUCUUUGACAAAUACACAUGGAUCAGCUUUCCCUUGCUGAAAACCUAGAGAAAACAAUACUUCAGUGAGUUUUGUGUGCCAACACCGUGCACUUUGUUUGAGACCAUAAAGGGAUUUCUUCAGAGCACAAACAAAUCCCUGUUUUACCUGUACGCCAUCAGGUGGAAGCAUAUAAAGUGAUUCAUCUAGAGAUCCGUACAGAAAAGCUGUAUUAAUAUCAUGGUGACUAAUGUGUAGAUUUUCCUCUGCAGCUAGCUUGAGCAUAAGCCUAAUGCUUUCAUAUCUCACUGUGGGUGAAUAGGUCUCGUGAUAGUCUUGACCUGGUACCUGUGCAAAACCUCUGGCUACCAAUCUGGCUUUGUGUCUGACUAUCUUGCCAUUUUGAUCUGUCUUCGCUUUGAAGACCCAUUUGCUUCCAAGCAGUUUCAUUCCUGGAACUACUGGAACUAGCUCCCAUGUUUUGUUCCUUUCUAAGGAAUCAAGCUCAGCCUUCAUGGCAUUUAACCAUGGCUCAGCCUCCUUUGAAUCCAAACCCUGGAUUUCUUGUAAACUUGAAGGUUCAAAUACCUUCUUGGAGCUUUUAACAGCUGUUACUGUUAUCGUAGCAAACUCAUCAGCAAAUCUCUUUGGAGGUUUGCCUAUUGUGGCUCUCUGUGACCUACGAAUUAGCCUUAAGUCUUCAACACUCUCCUCUUCCUUCUUAGGAGAAAAACGACCUAUUGUGAACAAUGGUUCCUCCAAUUCUUGAUCAGAGCUUUCAGAGGGUCGCAUAGAGGCUUUCGCACUCUUGAAAUCCUCUGAAUCACCCGAUUCAGUUUCAGAUUCAGACUCAGAACCUUCAUCAGUGGGUGUGGGCUGUUGUGGUUGCUUUUGACUAUCCUCAGUCUCAUCACCGUCAUCAGGAUAACAUUGGAAAAUUCCCACAUUCUCCCCCACUUUGCAUUGUACUCAACACUUCUCGUGAGCUUAAUUGUCUUAGAGUCAGUCAUCAUUAUUCUGUAAGACCCUUUCUGAUAACCUAGAAAGAUACCAUGCAAUCCACGCUUGUCUAACUUGGAGUUUUGUGGUGAGCGAACCCACAUGUCAGAACCAAAAUCUUCAUGUGUUUGAUGUAUGGCUUCUUGCCAAACAUCUUCUCAUAGGGGUACAACCAAUCGCUGAAGAUAACCUGCGAUUGUAACUGUAAACAAAACACGAGAGAGAUUCGGCCCAAUAACUCUCUGGAAGAUUGGCAUCAUGCAGCAAGGUUUUUAACCCUUGAAGCAAUGUCUGAUUUGCCCGUUCCGCAAGUCCAUUCUGCCAUGGCGAGCGAGGACUAGACAAAUCGUGUUGAAUUCCUUUCUCAGUCAGAAAAGCUUCAAACUGCUGAGAAGUGAAUUCCCCCCCGCGAUCACUGAAAAGAGUCUUUAUCUUCUUACCAUGCACAUUUUCCAACCAAGCACAGAAUUCCUUGAACCUAGGAAAAGCCUCCGAUUUCUGCUUGAGAUUGUACACAAAAAUAUAUCUAGAAAAUGCAUCAAUGAGAACCAUGAAGUAUCUAUUUCCACCCAAAGAGGGCGCUAGUGGUCCAACCAAAUCAGCAUGAACAACCUGGUAUGGUUCUGUAGCUUUCCUACUAGACACCUUACCUUUCGCAGCCAUUUUCACUUUGUUUGCUGCGCAUGCUUUGCACUUCAUGUGGUACCUGCAGGGUUUAAUAGUCAUACCUUCAACCAAGGCAGGCAUUUUAGAUACUGCCUCAAAAUGCAAAUGACCAAAUUUUCUAUGAAAAUCGUGAAUACAUUCUGCAUGCAAACUUUUGUUAGAACCUGCAAUGCAACAAGUGUCAUCCUGCACCACAUCAUCAUAAUACAAAACAAACAAACGAUCAACAUAUUCUGCAUGCAAUACAUAAUCAUUUUUCUUUGUGAUGAUGCACUUCUUGUUCUUGAAGGAAACGUCAAUGUUCCGCUCAUUCAGCUGUCCAACGCUGAGCAGAUUAUGUUUGGCGUCUGGCACGUAAAGCACAUUCUGUAUCGAUAAGUCCAAACUGUGAAGAACAACAGUUCCGUAGCCUUUACUGGGAAUAGUGUGGUCAUCCGCCUGGUGAAUCGCACCUUCCUGCGGUGUAAAAGACACAAACAGUCUCUUAUCGUUGCACAUGUGGUGGGUCGCCGCUGAAUCAACAACGAAGAAAGAUCUAGACGUCUUCUGGACCUCUGCAACCUUUGGAGUGAAGCGUGAAACCAUAGCCUUGUGCUGCGUUGUCCUAGACACCGGACCUUUGCCUUUGCCUCGGCCUUUUCCGCGCGAUGAGCUUUCGCUGCGCUGCUCUGUCUUGGCCCUGGGAUGUCUGCAUUCCCUCUUCAUAUGGCCUAGACGUCCACACGAGUAGCAUUUCACUGCCUUCAAAGCUUUGGCGCCAUCUGGUGGUUCCACUGCACUAUGGGAUGACGUCUGUGAAGACUCCCCUUGCCCAUGCAGCUAGCACCCCGGCGAUCUGCUUCAUUUAAAAUCACGGCAGUAACAAAGUCCACUGUCAGCUGAGCAGUUGGUUGCACAGCAAUCUGGGUUGCAACAGACUCCCAACCUGAACCCAAAGAUUGUAGUAUCAUGAAAGAAUACACAGCCUCUGGAAAGUUGAGUCCUCUCUGUUGCAGCUCAUGUCUCAGAUUUUGCAUCUCCAUCAGAUGUAAACGCACAUCUCCACCUUCAGCAAGAGCCAUAUUAUGCAGCUUGUUAAAGUAAAACAUAGUGGAUCCAGCUUCUGUCCUUAAGUGAGCCUCUCUCAAAGCGUCCCAAAUUUCUCUGGCUGAGGUCUUAUCACGCAAUAGACAGAGCUCUUCUGGGGAUACUAUCAAUGUAAGAGUUCCCCUUGCUUUGGAAUCCUUAGCUUCCCAUGCAUCUGUAACUGGAACUGGGGGUUUCUGUAAUCACCUCAAACAAACCCUCUUUCCGCAGAAUUGCCUCUGCAUACUGAACCCAGUCGCUGUAAUUUUUCUUGUUGAGCUUAGGAAUCCCACAAGCAUCCUGAAGGGCCAUCAUGACUCUGGCAUUAGCCUUCAGCGUCAUAUAUAUGCUGCUUUAAUUCUUGCUGCGUCACUGCUGCAGCUGCCUUAUUACAAAGGCGCACUUAAAAGUUACUUCGAUUUCCCCAGCAUAGUGACUUGUGCCUGGGAGCCUUUUGCCUAUUCCCGGCAAAACCGGCUUUAAAGGUUCAAAGUCCAGCCAUAAAGCCAUUAACUUGAAGCUGGCAGGCUGCCCGGAGCAGUAGCACAUACCUCAUCAAUCACCUCUACGCGCAGAGCAGAUUCCGUUCCGAUCUGUCCCUCUGCAUUCCGAUCCUUUGCCGGCACUCCGAUUCGACUUCUGGAGCCCAUAACCACGUGUUGAUUUAAAGCAGAGUCUCGUGCCCAGCGGAAGGAUGAGGAAUACGUGCUGCAUACUCUAUAUUGCUUUAUUUACAGUUCAAAGCUGGUAUAUUACAGAAAGACAUCUUGCCUCUGCCGGAGCAGAAAAUGCAUCCUCUCUCCUCGACAGCUCGGAGAGAAUCACACAGUGAAAAACAGGAAACCAGUGUACGUCACAUCCAGUCUCCCUUUCCCGUGAGAAACUCCAACAGUACAGACUGUGGAAUGUAAACACCUGUCUCGUGACAAGCAGAGCUGCACAGUGAAGGAAAACAGAAACCAACAGUAGAGAGUGUUUUGCCGGAGCAAAGGUGGCAAUCCUAGCCACAGAAGUCCCUUCCAGAUUGUUAUAUACUGAAGUUCUCACCCUGGGCCAGCAGGGGGAUACUGUAGAUAGUUUUCACUCAGGUCCACAUAUGCAAAUAAGGGAUUGAAAGUGACGUUCAGUGAUUGGAUAGUUACAGAAAGUGGUUACAGUUGCGUUGUAGUGGAGCUCUAUAUAAGCAGGCUGGCUGAACCCUUCAGUUCAGUUCUGUUCUGGCCUGUGAAUAAACAAGAGCUGUUUGAAGAAUCGCUGUGUCGUCUGAUAUGUUCACCCACAAUUUAAUACAGGUCAUGCAGGAACUUGUCCCCGGCCACUGGUCAUUUCCUCUCUAAAUCUCUAAAUAUCCCCGCUUCCAAAUCUCUCUUUCCAGAACAAAGACUUGAAAAGCCGCCUCGCCAGCAGCGAAGUUCUCCAGAAGCCCAGUGCCAACGUCUCCCAGCUGGAAUCGCACAUUCAAGAGCUUCAGGACAAACUCCAGGCUGAAGAGAGGUAAGUCGCGGAGAGGCAGUGUAGGGUAGUGGUCAGAGUGUCAUGAGGGAAACCGGGUUCAGAUACCCUGCUCAGUGAUUAAUAAUAAUAAUAAUAAUAAUAAUAAUAAAAUUUUAUUUAUACCCCGCCCUUCCUGGUUCAAAAACCGGGCUCAGGGUGGCUAACAACAAAUUUAAAACACUUAAUUAUAAAAGCAGCAUAAAAUACAGUAUAAAAACAUGAAUAACAAUAAAAUUCAAAAAUCAAUUAAAUAAUCCCCAGGGCUAGCUGGCUGAAUUGGUCCUACUUGGGCCAGCAAGGAGACCAGGGGAGAAUUAGCUGUGGGGUCCCAGAGCGGGUAAUCUUCAUAAAAGAGGAGGGAAGAGAAGGGAAAUAAAAGAUCAGGCUGAAUUCAAAUUAAAGGCCAGGCGGAAUAGCUCUGUCUUACAGGCCCUGCGGAAGGAGGUUAAAUCCUGCAGGGCCCUGGUCUCAUGGGACAGAGCAUUCCACCAGGUCGGAGCCAUCACUGAAAAGGCCCUGGUGGAGGAUAGUCUGGCUUCCUUAGGGCCUGGGACCUCUAAACUAUGAAGUUCUCAGGGUGUGGCCUUGGACCAGUCACUGUCCCUCUCGGCCCGACCUACCCCACAGGGUUGUUGUGGGGAUUAAAUGCGGAGAUUGUAGGGGAAAUGGCAUAUGCCGCCUCAAGCUCCUUGCAGAAAAUGGUGGGAUAGAAGCGCAGUAAACCUAUACGGUGGGGUCUUUGGAAUUUAUUUAGGGAAGUAUUUUUGUACCACCCUCUCACAAAACAUCAAUGUGCAGUGUACAUCGAUGCGUAAAACCUUUAUAAGCAAUACAGAACGAUCAGCCACGUGGCUGGCUACUCAAGAAAAUUCGAAGCAUCAACAUGGAAGAUUCUUGAAGAAAUGCCUGGAAGCCAAAAACAAGAGGGUGCCCGUCGCAUCUCUGCUGGAAAAGCGUUCCCCAGCGUGGGCCUGGUGGCAAUAAAUUGACUGCGAUUGUUGCUGGUUGUUCUAAAAAUUUAAAGGUGCACACAAAUAGUGGACACACACAAUUCACAGGAAACCAGUUAUUCAACAAAAAUUAGGAAAUAUUCCCCGAGAUGUUGAUGAGGAUAGUCAAAAUUUAUUUGUUUCUGUAUUAUUAUUAUUAUUAUUAUUAUUGUUGUUGUUGUUGUUGUUGUUAGUUUAUUAUUUAAUCAUCACAGAGCAAACCCCAAGCUAUCUUGGAAACCCUUUCCCAAUAGUUCUUUCCACUCGCAAAUCCUUCAAAUCUUACAAAUAGAUAAAAUGUCUUGGCAACCCCUCUGCAAUACUGGCCUGGCAAGUAAUAAUAAUAAUAAUAAUAAUAAUAAUAAUAAUAAUAAUAAUUUAUUUAUACCCCGCCCAUCUGGCUGGGCUUCCCCAGCCACUCUGGGUGGCUUCCAACACAAUAUUAAAAUAAAGUAAUCCAUCAAACAUUAAAAGCUAAACCUAAACAAGACUGCCUUCAAAUGUCUUCUAAAAGUUUGGUAGUUGUUCUUCUCUUUGACAUCUGAUGGGAGGGUGUUCCACAGGGCAGGCGCCACCACCGAGAAGGCCCUCUGCCUGGUUCCCUGUAACUUGGCUUCUCGCAGCGAGGGAACCAACAGAAGGCCCUCGGAGCUGGACCUCAGUGUCCGGGCCGAGCGAUGGGGAUGGAGACGCUCCUUCAGGUAUACUGCGCCAAAGUGUCAGCACCAACACUUUGAAUUGUGCUUGGAAACGUACUGGGAGCCAGUGUAGGUCUUUCAAGACCGGUGUUAUGUGGUCUCGGCGGCCGCUCCCAGUCCCCAGUCUAGCUGCUGCAUUCUGGGUUAAUUGCAGUUUCCGGGUCACCUUCAAAGGUAGCCCCACGUAGAGCGCAUUGCAGUAGUCCAAGCGGGAGACAACCAGAGCAUGCACCACUCUGGCGAGACAGUGUACAGGCAGGCGGGGUCUCAUCCUGCAUACCAGAUGGAGCUGGUAGACAGCUGCCCUGGACACAGAAUUGACCUGCGCCUCCAUGGAGAGCUGUGAGUCCCAAAUGACUCCCAGGCUGCGCACCUGGUCCUUCAGGGGCACAGUUGCCCCAUUCAGGACCAGGGAGUCCUCCACACCUGCCUGCCUCCUGUCCCCCAAAAACAGUACUUCUGUCUUGUCAGGAUUCAACCUCAAUCUGUUAGCCGCCAUCCAUCCUCCAACCGCCUCCAGACACUCACACAGAAACUUCUCCGUCUUCACUGGUUCUGAUUUGAAAGAGAGGUAGAGGCUGGUGGGAGUUGUAGUUCAGCGAUACCCCAAGGACCAAAGCUCCCCCUGUCUGUGCCUCAGAUAAGCGACACAGGACCUGCCUUGCUUGCAGAAGACCCCCAGAACCUCCAUUGUUGUUCUUUAGUCGUUGAGUCGUGUCCGACUCUUCGUGACCCCCUGGACCAGAGCACGCCAGGCACUCCUGUCUUCCACUGCCUCCCGCAGUUUGGUCAGACUCAUGUUUGUAGCUUUGAGAACACUGUCCCACCAUCUCGUCCUCUGUCGUCCCCUUCUCCUUGUGCCCUCCAUCUUUCCCAACAUCAGGGUCUUUUCCAGGAGUCUUCUCUUCUCAUGAGGUGGCCAAAGUCUUGGAGCCUCAGCUUCAGGAUCUGUCCUUCCAGUGAGCACUCAGGGCUGAUUUCCUUCAGAAUGGAGAGGUUGGAUCUUCUUGCAGUCCAUGGGACUCUCCAGAGUCUCCUCCAGCACCAGAAUUCACCUCCACGUUUUGCUGGAAAUCUCCCCUGCCUGCAGCCCUGGACAGCCGCUGCCGCUCAGUGGAGGCAGUGCUGAGUUCAGUGAUCGGACUGCAGAAAUCAGCUCCCCCCUUUUUCUUGCCGCAGGGAGAAGAGCGUCCUGGUCUCCUCGAACCGCAAGCUGGAGCGGAAGGUCAAGGAGCUGACCAUCCAGAUCGAUGACGAGAGACAGCAUGUCAACGACCAGAAGGACCAGGUGAGCUGGGGGUGGGCAGGGGGGGCUCAGAAGACGCCCAAAGGCAUCUCCAGGCAGGGCUGUAAAAAGAUGUCCCUCUCUGAAAUCUUGGACCACCACAACCAGCCUUUGUUGUUGUUUUUUAAAAAAUACAUUUUUAUUAGACCAUUUCAACAUAACAAAUUAUCAAUCCAAAUAUUCAAUUACAUUAUUUUCUCCCCUCUCCGGUUUCUUUGCACAUAUUGUUCUCUGCGUAUUAUAAAAUGGUCCCCAUCCUUGCCUUAUCUAUCAUGUAUUCAACUAAUAAGUUUGUGGGUGUUUAUUCAAAACCUGCCAAGGAGUCCAGAUCUUUUCGUUGUCUUUUUAGAUAAUUUGUAAAAAGUUCUUCCUUGAAGUCACGAAUGUCCUUAUCACGCAGUUUAUAUGUCAAUUUGGCCAAUUCCGCAUAGCUCACCAGUUUUUCUUGCCACUGUUCUUUCGUUGGGAUUUCCUUAUUCUUCCAUCCUUAUGCUAACAAGACCCUUGCUGCUGAUGUAGCAUACAUAAGUAAGUUCUUUAUUUUUCUUGGCAGGUCUUGUCCUACAAUCCCUAACAAAAAUGCUUCUGGUUUUCUUUACAAAUGUAAUUUUAAACAUUUUUUCCAGUUCAUUAUAUAUCAUUUCCAAUUUUUUAAAACUUCUCUACAUUCCCACCACAUAUGAUAAAAAGUACCUUCUUUUUCUUUACAUUUCCAGCAUCUAUUUGACCCGGUUUUAUACAUUUUUGCUAUUUGUACUGGUGUGAUAUACCAUCGAUACAUCAUUUUCAUGUAGUUUUCUUUCAGAAGAGAACAACCAGCUUUUGUUGACAGUAUGAAGCCAAGUGGACCUGAGAGCCUGGCUCUGUUCGAGGCAGCUUCCUCUGCUUAAAACCAGAACCUUGAGGACUAGACACUUACUUUUACUUUUACAGGGAGGGUCCAAGCUUGCGGGGUACAGAGCUUUGCACACAGAUAGUCCCAGCUUCGUCUCCUGGCAUCUUCUGCAACUGAGUUCUUUUUGCCUGGUUGCCACUUAUUUAUCUUUUUCCUGCUGGGUUGUAUUUACAACAGCAUAAAACAAAAUGCUAAAAUUGUUGGUCUGAAAAGCUAUUAAAAAUAGGUGUUAAAAAUAUUACCAAAAUCAACUUUAGCUAAGAAAGAGAAAAAAAUAUGUGCAGCUUCUCCGUGUCUCGAUAGGCUUGCCUUUAAAAUAAAAAAUAAAAAAAUUAUUAGGUUUUACAACAAAUUUUAACAUAUUCACUACUGAUAAUAUAAUCACAUAAGUUUUAAAACUUAAACAAAAAUGUUUCGAGGGGAUGCUGAAAAGAGUUCAAUGAAAAUAACAAUAAUAAUGAUGAUGAUUUUUUUAAAAAGAGUUCAGUGAAGGCUGCCUCCCUGGUGUCCAUUGGCAGGGAGUUCCAAAGGGCAGGUUCUGCUGCACUGGAAAGUUUAAAGGAGAAAGACCCUGCUGUAUGAUGAUUCCACUCCUUACGGGGGGUUUAAAUUAGCCAGCAUGUAUUUAUGCCAGGGCAUCUCAGAUCUCCCUCCUGCUACCCCCGGGUCAAACUGAGCAGGCCUUCCUUCCUUCUUUCCUCCCAUAGCUAAGCUUGCGGGUCAAGGCGUUGAAGAGGCAAGUGGACGAGGCAGAAGAGGAGAUUGAGCGGCUGGAAGCUGCGCGCAAGAAGGCCCUGCGGGAGCUGGAGGAACAACAUGAGACCAAUGAGCAGCUCCAGAGCCGCGUCAAGUCCCUGGAGAAGGACCUCUGGUAAGGAAUGCGGACCCUUUGUGGGUCCUGAAGAAAUGGGUCUUGCAUGGGGGCCUCUCCUGGUCUGCCCUGCAGAGGACCUUAAGGUCCAUGAAGAACCAUAGCUUAGAGGUCCCGGGCCCUAAGAAGUCAGAUUAUCCUCCACCAGGGCCAGGGCCUUCUCAGUGAUGGUUCCGACCUGGUGGAACGCUCUGUCCCAUGAGACCAGGACCCUGCAGGAUUUAACCUUCCACCGGGCCUGUAAGACAGAGCUAUUCCACCUGGCCUUUAAUUUGAAUUCAGCCUGAUCUUAUUUCCCUUCUCUUCCCUCCCCUUUUAUGAAGAUCACCUGCUCUGAGACCCCACAGCUAAUUCUCCCCUGGUCUCCUCGCUGGCCCAAGUAGGACCGAUUCAGCCAGCUAGCCCUGGGGAUUAUCUAAUGCUUAUUAGAUGGAUUUCCCCUAAAUUGAUUUCUGAAUUUUAUUGUUAUUCAUGGUUUUUAUACUGUAUAUUAUGCUGCUUUUAUAAUUAAGUGUUUUAAAUUUGUUGGUAGCUGCCCUGAGCCCAGUUUUUGAACCGGGAAGGGCGGGGUAUAAAUAAUAAAAAUUAUUAUUAUUAAUAUUAAUAUUAUUAUUCUCUUUGGGGCGUCCGGUUGGCCUCUGCAAGAACAGGUUGCUGGCCUAGAUAGACCCCCUUUGGCCUGGCCCAGGUGCAUGGCUCUUUGAUGUACUUAUGGAACCUCCAGCCCCAUAGGCAGUCUACCUCGAUUCCCAGGUUCUUAGGGAAUGGGAAUCUGCCCCCUGACCUUUCUCUCCCUUCUCCACCAGGCGCAAGGCAGCCCGGUCCACAGCCGAGUCGUCCCUGAAGGACGACCACCUGAGCUCCGAUGAGGAGUUUGACAGCGCCUACGGCCCAUCCUCCAUCGCCUCGCUUCUGACGGAAGGGAACCUCCAGACCAGCUCCUGUUAG